AAAAAUUAUAAACAGGAAUUCAUGAUGGCUGCUGACAGUGACGUGAGUACGGUACUGGUGUACAGUUUAUAGAGUAAACAUUGCAUCAUAUUAACAAUGUUCAGAAAAUAUUGGAUGUUAACGUUAAAUUAUUUCCUUUCUGUUACAGCCCGAGUCAGAGGUCUUCGAGAUCACGGAUUUUACCACCGCGUCAGAGUGGGAGAGGUAGGUGGAGACUAGAUCUCUGGCUAGCUAAAUUAGCUCUAGCUAACAGUAGUUGUGAAUCAUCAUCAGACUAGAUAGAAUAAUUGGUUUAGAAACUAUUCAUGGCUGGCCGAAUAUAGUUCGCCUCUUCCAUAUAGCUAGCAUAAUAUGCUGAGUAUAUGGCAGACAACUUGCUUGUCUCCUCUUGUGCUGUCAAUCACAUUGCUCAAUUGGCUAGCUAUGCUGGUUUGCAUUGCAUUCCCUCACGAAAAAAGAUUGCAGUACAACUGCAGUUACAGUGCAGGACACUGCAGUUAUUCUGCAAUUACUGCGGCCAAAACUGCAGUUACUUCACUUUUACUGCAGUUUCAAAACGGCAAUCUUUUUUUGUUCUGUUAGUUAGCUAGCUGUCCUGUCACAUCAGGAUUGCGAAAGAUAGCAACUGUUCUUACCAAUGUUGACAGCUCAGCAGAGCCCUACAUACACUACAUGGUAUGUGGACACACUUGAAAUGAGUGUAAUCUGCUAUUUCAGCCACACCCCUUGCUGAAAGGUGUAUAACAUCGAGCACACAGCCAUGCAAUCUCCAUAGACAAACAUUGGCAGUCGAAUGGCCCGUACUGAAGAGCUCAGUGACUUUCAACGUGGCCCGUCAUAGGAUGCCACCUUUACAACAAGUCAGUUUGUCAAAUUUCUGACCUGCUAGAGCUGCCCCGGACAUCUGUAAGUGCUGUUAUUGUGAAGUGGAAACGUCUAGGAGCAAUAACGGCUCAGCCGCGAAGUGGUAGGCCACACAAUCUCACAGAAUGGGACCGCCGAGUGCUGAAGCGCGUAAAAAUCGUCUGUCCUCGGUUGCAACACUCACUACUGAGUUCCAAACUGCCUCUGGAAGCAACGUCAGCACAAUAACUGUUCGUCAGGAGUUUAAUUAAAUGAGUUUCCAUGGCUGAGCAGCCGCACACAAGCCUAAGAUCACCAUGCGCAAUGCCAAGCGUAGGCUGGAUUGAUGUAAAGCUCGCUGCCAUUAGACUCUGGAGCAGUGGAAACACGUUCUCUGGAGUGAUGAAUCACGCUUCACCAUCUGGCAAUCUGACGGAAGAAUCUGGGUUUGGCGAAUGCCAGGAGAACGCUACCUACCCCAAUGCAUAGUGCCAACUGUAAAGUUUGGUGGAGGAGGAAUAUUGUUCUGGGGCUGUUUUUCCAGUUUCUGCAUGACAGUGCCUCCAUGCAUAAAGCGAGGUCCAUACAGAAAUGGUUCGUCGAGAUCGGUGUGGAAGAACUUGACUGGCCUGCACAGAGCCCUGACCUCAACCCUAUCGAACACCUUUGGGAUGAAUUGGAACGCAGACUGCGAGCCAGGCAUAAUCGCCCAACAUCAGUGCCCGACCUCACUAAUGCUCUUGUGGCUGAAUGGAAGCAAGUUCCUGCAGCAAUGCUCCAACAUCUAGUUGGAAAUCCUUCCCAGAAGAGUGGAGGCUGUUAUAGCAGCAAAGAGGGACCAACUCCAUAUUAAUGCCCAUGAUUUUGGAAUGAGAUGUUCAAUGAGCAGGUGUCCACAUACUUUUGGAUUGUAGUGUAGCUUGUCCUUAUCAACAAUAUUUUCCAGAGCCAUUUAUUUUGAGAUUGUGUGGGUGUGUGCGUGCUUGCACACCUGCUUGUGUGAACACUGGUCUCUGACUUCUCAUGGUACAUGUUAUGAUCCCGACGUCGUUUGCUAGGUUUGUGUCCAGAGUAGAAGAGGUUCUGAAUGACUGGAAGCUGAUUGGGAACAAUUCAAGCAAACCACCAGAGAAGGUAACAAUAAACAGUAAUUCAAUCAGACCUUACUGUUAUGUAACAAGCACCAUGCAUUAAUAAGCAGCGAUCUGGUAAGCUUGUUGAUUAUCAUGGAUGCCCUGAUUGUCCUCUUGAUCCAGGGUGAAUACACCAGUGGUACCUGGGAGGAGAAGACCCAGGAUAUCAAUUUUGCUGAUUUUAAAUUCUCCAUAACGCACCACUGCCUGAAGCAGGACUCUGAGGAGGGCGAGGGGAAGGAGGAACCUGAGGAGGGUAUUGUGCUGCUGCGGCUUUUAUUUAUAAUCCCUGUUAUCAUAUGUCUCAUAGGAAUUGUCACUCAGUGUUUCCCCUAGGAUUUCUUUCAGCAGUGGUAGCAAAGUUAGUGUAGGGAGGGGGUAGUGGGUUUGGCCAAUGGCACGGUCUCCAACCCAACAUUUUAUAGGCCCCCUUCUUGGCUGCAGAUAAUUUCACUUUUAAAAGUUAAUAUUCUGUUAACUCAUACCCAAAUAAUGUUGUUGACUCAUCCUAUACUUGUAUUUGUGGCCAAAGCAUGAAUUAGAAAAAACACUUCAAAAACCCCACCUCAAACUUGUAUCUCAAACAAACCGUUUCAAAAAGACUUGCUAUUUCCUCAGAGUAUGACAUCAUACUCUGAGGAGGAUGAGCUGGCCAAUCAGCGACUACUCGUGUUCAUAUUUUGAAUGACCGGUAUACGCCCACACCAUUCUGUUGGUGGGGUAUGCCACACCAUUCCAACACAGAAAAGCAGCUUUUUAACAUACUUAAUUACACAUUUUGGGAAGGAAAGUUAUUUUACUCGUAUUGUAAGUAAUUAUAGUUCAUAUUUCAUAGGAAUCUGGAAACACUGUAGAGUUACUUUAAAGUAGAUUUCCUGCAAUUCUACACAAUUUGCCAUGAAAUUCUACACAAUUUGCCAUGACUAAUUCUGUGUUCUUAUGCUAUCUGAGUGACUCAAACAUUAUAACAUUUUUUUUAAUUUUUUUUUUUAUUCUGGUGGUUGUUAGUUCUCAAAGAUGAGUUUAUUAAAAAAAAUAUAUAGUGCCAUAUAUCUGGUUUUAGUCUUAAGUUUAGACCGAAAACAUUUUACCGUCCCAAAUUAUUAUUAUACAUACAGUACCAGUCAAAAGUUUGGACACACCUACUCAUUCAAGGGUUUUUCUUUAUUUUUACUAUUUUUUACAUUGUAGAAUAAUAGUGAAUACAUCAAAACUAUGAAAUAACACAUGGAAUCAUGUAGUAACCAAAAAAGUGUUAAACAAAUCAACAUUUACAUUAUAUUUGAGAUACUUCAGAUAGCCACCCUUUGCCUUGAUGACAGCUUUCCACACUCAAGGCAUUCUCUCAACCAGCUUCACCUGGAAUGCUUUUCCAACAGUCUUGAAGGAGUUCCCACAUAUGCUGAGCACUUGUUGGCUGCUUUUCCUUCACUCUGCCGGUCCGACUCAUCCUAAACCAUCUCAAUUUGGUUGAAGUCGGGGGAUUGUGGAGGCCAGGUUAUCUGAUGCAGCACUCCGUCACUCUCCAUCUUGGUAAAAUAGCCCUUACACAGCCUGGAGGUGUAUUGGGUCAUUGUCCUGUUGAAAAACAAAUGAUAGUCCCACUAAGCCCAAACCAGAUGGGAUGGUGUAUCGCUGUAGAAUGCUGUGGUAGCCAUGCUGGUUAAGUGUACCUUGAAUUCUAAAUAAAUCACAGACAAUGUCACCAGCAAAGCACCCCCACACCAUAACACCACCUCCUCUACGCUUUACGGUGGGAAAUACACAUGCAGAGAUCAUCCGUUCACCCACACCGUGUCUCACAAAGACACAGCGGUUUGAACCAUAAGUCUCUAAUUUGGACUCCAGACCAAAGGACACAUUUCCACCGGUCUAAUGUCCAUUGCUCGUGUUUCUUGGCCCAAGCAGGUCUCUUCUUCUUAUUGGUGUCCUUUAGUAGUGGUUUGUUGGCAGCAAUUCGACCAUGAAGGCCUGAAUCACACAGUCCCCUCUAAACAGUUGAUGUUGAGAUGUGUCUGUUACUUGAAUUCUGUGAAGCAUUUAUUUGGGCUGCAAUUUCUGAGGCUGGUCACAGCUUUACCUCUGCAGCAGAGGUAACUCUAGGUCUUCCUUUCCUGUGGCGGUCCUCAUGAUAGCCAGUUUCAUCAUAGCGCUUGAUGGUUUUUGCGACUGCACUUGAAGAAACUUUCAAAGUUCUUGAAAUGUUCCAUAUUGACUGACCUUCAUGUCUUAAAGUAAAGAUGGACUGUCAUUUCUCUUUGCUUAUUUGAGCUGUUCUUGCCAUAAUAUGGACUUGGUCUUUUACCCCCCCCCCCCCCCCCCACCUUGUCACAACACACCUGAUUGGCUCAAUGCAUUAAGAAGGAAAUAAAUUCCACAAAUUAACUUUUUAAGAAGGCACACCUGUUAAUAGAAAUGCAUUCCAGGUGACUACCUCAUGAAGCUGGUUGAGAGAAUGCCAAGAGUGUGCAAAGCUGUCAUCAAGGCAAAGGGUGGCUAUUUGAAGAAUCUGAAAUAUAAAAUAUAUUUUGAUUUGUUUAACAUGUUUUUGGUUACAACAUGAUUCCAUAUGUGUUAUUUCAUAGUUUUAAUGUCUUCACUAUUAUUCUACAAUGUAAACAUAAAGAAAAACCCUUGAAUGAGUAGGUGUGUCCAAACCUUUGACUGGUAGUGUAUAUACAUUUUUUUACAUCAUAUUUUUGGGACUGGUGGCCACAAUUUCCACCGCUGCUAAAUUAAUAUAGAGGAAACACUGUCACUACAUGAUGAGACUAAAUGGAUGAACUCUACAGUUUUGUCUUGCCCACUGCUCUGCUCUCUAGCAACAGAGAGAAUCUUAGUGGAUAUUAGAGAAUAUAAGUGAAGUUUCCACUGCUCUCUCCCCAGAUGCCUUCCCCACAGCCAUGCAGGACCUGCUCUGUAUGAACAAUGACUUCCCUCCCAGGGCCCACUGCCUCGUCAGAUGGUGAGUACAGUACUCCAGGUCUCCUAACCUCCAACCCCUAACCUCUAAAAUGUACCUCUUACCUUUAUGUUAAGAUGGGAAUUAAAAUGACUGAACAUAGACAUUCACAACUGCUAUUGAUAUUCGUUAACACCAAAUCCAGCUGAUGUCUGAUCCUUUUGAGAAUAUAUUAUAGAGUUUUUUUGUUUUAAUAAGACUCAACUCCCAACUUGAUAGAUGGUAGCUGUUUGCUCUCAUUAAAGUGUCCCGUCUUUGUUUGCAGGUAUGGCAUGCGUGAGUUUGUGGUCAUCUCCCCCGGGGCCAACUGUGAGGCGGUCAUCAGUGAGUCCAAGUGCAACCUGCUACUCAGCUCCAUCUCCAUCUCUCUGGCCAACACAGGCUGGUAGGUGACAGUAACUCAGAGCAACAGUGAAUACUAUAUUAACUAAUACUCUUUGGGAACAGUUUAAUUGUUAUAAUUCACAGUUACAUUGGUAUGCCACAACACUUUAUGUUCUUAUGGAAAAUCAAGUUAAUAUUGGUAACAGAAUUUGCUUUGACAAAUAAAAGAGCCUAUACUGCCAAUGUGUUCUAUUCAUAUUCAUGAAUCUACACUAUGGGAAAACGAUGUUAGUUCUUACACAUUCAUACAUCUAGUGGCAACAUGCCCUUUGUAUGUGUUUCUGUAUGAUGUCACAAUCCAUGUUUUAAAAUAGCAACACUGUGGGUGGUGAGUACAGCUCUCCGUGGCAUCGUAUUGCGGUAGGUCAGCUGGUAUCCAUGGCAACGCCGGGCUAGAUGGGAGAUGGUAGCAUUGUAGCUGCUCCGAGUGCUGUGGAUCUGCAGCUCUGCUUUGUGGUAGCAGCAAGGUCACCUGGCUUCCCAUUGUGUCUCUGGGAGUUUACUGUGAGGCAGAAUGACACUAAUAACACACGGUUAGAAUAGGAGGAAGCAUGUAGCAGACCAUCAGAACAUAUAGCUUCAAGUUAAUUUCUUACAUGAGCACUUGUUCUAUUACUAAUGCAUAUAGCAUUUACUGCAACCGUUUUUUUUUUACCACAAUCUUGUGACUUCAAAAUUUGAAAAAGGAUGACCGACUGUUGAAUAGAAUAAUAUUCAACAGAUAUUACAAGGCUUAUUAUUCAAUUCCAUACUUGUUCAAUCCGCUAGGUGGCAUAUGUUUUGUCUGUAAUUUCUCUAUUGUGCACCAGGUGCUGCUGUGUAGCUGUGGUAGAACAGGGAUGCUGAGGUAAUUACAGGAUUUCAGUGUGUGGCUGCUCUUCCACAUUGAUACCAGAGAUGCCUGGGAUGUCUCUAAAGAGAUCACUUCAAAAUCAAAGUUUUUCAAACAUCAUGAUUCGUCUGUUGUGCAGCUCCAAAUGUAUGCCUCAAUACCAAACGAAUUGGAAAGCUGAACAAAAUCUAAAAUGAUUAAACUAGAUGGUGCUUAUCUUUCUCAUUCAUUUGGAGGUGAUGCAUAUAGCUAGAUCUUCACAACGGAUUGCAUGGGACAUUAACUCAUCUUGACACAAAAACAGGUGUAGUUACAGUAGCAACAGGAUAUCAAUGUGUGUCUGCCUUCCCACAAAACAUCUGAAUGAAUUAGAGUUUGAAAUGACCUAUCCCUUUAAAGUCCUCUAUCUCCUCUGUCCCUGUGGAUGUCAUGCAGCCAGGUACCCAUGUUUGUGCAGAUCCAGCAGAAGUGGAGGAGGAUGUACCAUGGGGAGUGCCAGGGCCUGGGGGUGCGUACUGACUUUGAGAUGGUCCAUCUCCGCAAGGUGCCCAGCCAAUACAACCAUCUCUCAGGCCUGCUGGACAUCUUCAAGUCCAAAAUAGUGAGUAUGGAAGGACCAGGGUUUAUGACUAAUUGCCUUACAUGGGCUAUUAUGAGUAGUGCCUUUCACAUGGGUCACCCAUAAAUAAUUGUAAGACUGGUUUCCCGGAAUGAGAGUAAGCAUAGUGAACUAGGAUGUACUUUCAAAGGUGAAUCUCCAUUGAGCAUGCUUUUUCAGCCAUGACUAGGCUUAAUCUGGGUCCGGGCACCCAGCCCCUACAAUUAAAUUAUGUGAUGCAUAUGAUGGAUAGCACAAGAUAUUACAUAAUGUUGUCUCUAUUUCUGUCUCUACCCUUCUCCCUUUUUCUCUUCUCUUUCCUGUUGUUCUCCAGGGUUGUCCCCUGACUCCUCUGCCUCCCAUCAACAUUGCUAUCCGCUUCACGUAUGUCCUGCAGGACUGGCAGCAGUACUCCUGGCCUCAGCAGCCCCCUGGUAAGCACCACCAACAACACAACCACACAGCCCAUUAACUGGAAGAAAUGUGUCUAGUUAUUAGAGCCGCUGACCCCGGCACAUAUAUAUACAGUGGGGAAAAAAAGUAUUUAGUCAGCCACCAAUGGUGCAAGUUCUCCCACUUAAAAAGAUGAGAGGCCUGUAGUUUUCAUCAUAGGUACACGUCAACUAUGACAGACAAAUUGAGAAAAAAAAAUCACAUUGUAGGAUUUUUAAUGAAUUUAUUUGCAAAUUAUGGUGGAAAAUAAGUAUUUGGUCACCUACAAACAAGCAAGAUUUCUGGCUCUCACAGACCUGUAACUUCUUCUUUAAGAGGCUCCUCUGUCCUCCACUCAUUGCCUGUAUUAAUGGCACCUGUUUGAACUUGUUAUCAGUAUAAAAGACACCUGUCCACAACCUCAAACAGUCACACUCCAAACUCCACUAUGGCCAAGACCAAAGCGCUGUCAAAGGACACCAGAAACAAAAUUGUAGACCUGCACCAGGCUGGGAAGACUGAAUCUGCAAUAGGUAAGCAGCUUGGUUUGAAGAAAUCAACUGUGGGAGCAAUUGUUAGGAAAUGGAAGACAUACAAGACCACUGAUAAUCUCCCUCGAUCUGGGGCUCCACGCAAGAUCUCACCCCGUGGGGUCAAAAUGAUCACAAGAACGGUGAGCAAAAAUCCCAGAACCACACGGGGGGACCUAGUGAAUGACCUGCAGAGAGCUGGGACCAAAGUAACAAAUCCUACCAUCAGUAACACACUACGCCGCCAGGGACUCAAAUCCUGCAGUGCCAGACGUGUCCCCCUGCUUAAGCCAGUACAUGUCCAGGCCCGUCUGAAGUUUGCUAGAGUGCAUUUGGAUGAUCCAGAAGAGGAUUGGGAUAAUGUCAUAUGGUCAGAUGGAAACCAAAAUAUAACUUUUUGGUAAAAACUCAAGUCGUCGUGUUUGGAGGACAAAGAAUGCUGAGUUGCAUCCAAAGAACACCAUACCUACUGUGAAGCAUGGGGGUGGAAACAUCAUGCUUUGGGGCUGUUUUUCUGCAAAGGGACCAGGAUGACUGAUCCGUGUAAAGGAAAGAAUGAAUGGGGCCAUGUAUCGUGAGAUUACAGGGAACAAUAGUAUUGCACUUUGCUGAUCCCAAACACAUCGCCCGGGCAAUGAAGGAGUGGCUUCGUAAGAAGCAUUUCAAGGUCCUGGAGUGGCCUAGCCAGUCUCCAGAUCUCAACCCCAUAGAAAAUCUUUGGAGGGAGUUGAAAGUCCGUGUUGCCCAGCGACAGCCCCAAAACAUCACUGCUCUAGAGGAGAUCUGCAUGGAGGAAUGGGCCAAAAUACCAGCAACAGUGUGUGAAAACCUUGUGAAGACUUACAGAAAACGUUUGACCUGUGUCAUUGCCAACAAGGGGUAUAUAACAAAGUAUUGAGAAACUUUUGUUAUUGACCAAAUACUUAUUUUCCACCAUAAUUGGCAAAUAAAUUCAUUAAAAAUCCUACAAUGUGAAUUUCUGGAUUUUCUUUUCUCAUUUUGUCUGUCAUAGUUGACGUGUACCUAUGAUGAAAAUUACAGGCCUCUCUCAUCUUUUUAAGUGGGAGAACAUGCACAAUUGGUGGCUGAUUAAAUACUUUUUUCCCCCAUUGUAUACCAGAGUCGAUGUGGGUUCGAAUGCAGCCCACUGCCCGUCUAACUCCUCCUACCUUACCUGUCUGCUCUUAUAAAACCACAUCCUAUCUGUUCAGUAAAACCACAAAAUAUGAAACGUGAAGGAGCUACAGUGCCUUCAGAAAGUAUUCACACCCCUUGACUUUUUCCACAUUUUGUUAGGUUAGAAGGUGGGAUUAAAAUGGAUUUAAUUGUCAUUUUUUUGUCAACGAUCUACACAAGAUAAUCAGUCUCUAAGAGCAUUGCACACCUGGAUGGUACAAUAUUUGUUUGUCAAGUUGGUUGUUGAUCAUAGCUAGACAGCCAUUUUCAAGUCUUGACAUAUAUUUUCAAGCCAAUUUAAGUCAAGGCUGUAACUAGGCCACUCAGGAACAUUCAAUGUCGUCUUGGUAAGCAACUCCAAAGUAUAUGUGGCCUUGUGUUUUAGGUUAUUGUCCUGCUGAAAGGUGAAUUUGUCUCCCAGUGUCUGUUGGAAAGCAGGCUGAACCAGGUUUUCCUCUAGGAUUUUGACAAUGUUUAGCUCUAUUCCAUUCCCAUAACGUGACGCAGCCACCACCAUGAUUGGAAAUAUGAAGAGUAGUACUCAGUGAUCUGUUGUGUUGGAUUUGCCCCAAACUUAACGCUUUCUAUUCAGGACAUAAAGUUAAUUUCUUAGCCAAUUUUUUUGCUGUUUUACUUUAGUGCCUUAUUGCAAAUAGGAUGCAUGUUUUGGAAUAUGUUUUUUCUGUACAGGCUUCCUCCUUUUCACUCUGUCAUUUUAGGUUAGUAUUGUGGAGUAACUACAAUGUUGUUGAUCCAUCCUCAGGUUUCUCCUAUUAUAGCCAUUAAACUCUGUAACUGUUUUAAAACCACCAUUGACCUCAUGGUGAAAUCCCUGAGCGGUUUCCUUCCUCUCUGGCAACUGAGUUAGGAAGGACGCCUGUGUCUUUGUAGUGAGUGGGUGUAUUGAUACACCAUCCAAAAAGUGUAAUUAAUAACUUCACCAUGCUCAAAGGGAUAUUCAAUGUCUGCUUUUUAUUUAUUUAUACCCAUCUACCAAUAGUUGCUCUUCUUUGCGAGGCAUUGGAAAACCUCACUGGUCUUUGUGGUUGAAUCUAUGUUUGAAAUCACUGCCCGAUUGAGGAACCUUACAUAUGAUAAUUGUAUGUGUGGGGUACAGAGAUGAGGUAUUCAUUCAAAAAUCAUGUUCAAUACUAUUUUUGCACACAGUGAGUCCAUGCAACUUAUUAUGUGACUUAUUAUAUCUUUACUCCUGAACUUAAAAAUGGUGCUUGGCCUGUAUAGGUUAGCCCAUAGUGUAUUGGAAGCGGUCUUUCAAUGCCUCCACGCGCGUUACCAACUUUUUUAGGAAACUGAUAUAAUCCACUCGAUCUCUCUUUGCUCCAAAUUCAAUAGUGGAUGAUUCUUUCCACGGUCAUGUUAAGUGCUGCUCUCCGGGGUACAUUUUAGUGCUGCAAAGAGAUGCUCAACUCUUUGAGUGGUGCAGGGAAGGCGGUAAAAAGCAAGAGCUUGGAGAGCUUUUUAAACGGCUUACAAACAGACACUAUUUCUGCUCCUCUUGAAUGGGACCAGAGAGUUCUAAUUAGAGAGACCAGAAUAUAUUUGGACCUUUAGUUUUUAUGGGAUGAAUUUGCCUGCCUUCAAGGCAUUGAAGAUGAUAAAGCAUAAAAAGUGUUUACAGUGUUGGUUCUUCUGAAAGUAUUGUGUGCUGAAUCAAAGUCAUGUUUGAACAAUUAAGGUAAAAGUGUGUUUUUUUUUUUUUUUUGUCUUCUCCAGACUUCGACGCUCUCCUCGGAGGUGAGGUGGGAGGGGUGGAGUUCGGGAAGCUUCCGUUUGGAGCGUGUGAGGAUCCAAUCAGGUAGGACCGAUGGUACUGUAGCCAUGACGACAAAACAAUUCAUGCUUGAUUUAGAGAUUUACAUCAUUGGUCAUGUGUAGUAUUUGUGUCUUUAGUAUGAUUAAUUAAUUAAAUGUUUUAUGUAAUUAGUUAAUCUCAUAAUGUGAAGUUGAUUACGAAAAACAAACAUACCUGUAUUUUAUUUAAUUGUUGUCUCAGUGAGCUUCACCUAGCCACCACCUGGCCCCACCUGACAGAAGGCAUUGUGGUGGAUAACGAUGUGUACUCGUAAGUAUCCACCACCACCCUCCCUCUCCCCUCUGCCCUUCUGGUUGACACACACUGAAAAAACAUAUCAACAACCUGAGCUACGAUCUAUCAAGAACAUUGUUUGUCCCCCACAGAAUGACAGGUAUUUAGACAGGGAAGAUGGAGGUGUCAUCUUCAAUAAAUAGAACCAGUAGCCAGGUUAAACUCAUCAAGUAAGUGAGCAUUGAGAUAGACGGAGAGAGGGAACCGCCAGGUAGGUGAUGUCAACGGUGAAAGAAGUUCCCUUUGAAAAACUGUGAAAGGUUGUUGUCCAUAUUAAUUUCCUGUGUGCCAGACAGUGUAGGUGUUGAGGGCGGAUGUGGAGGAGUUGUGUGGGAGUGGAUAUAACAAGUACUGUGCCCCAGCUACACCACUCGCUCGUUCAACUGCAUUAAAGCUGAAUGAUUUUAUGCUUUUCAGUUUAGUGAUGAAGUGGUGCUCAGUGAGCCAUCACUUCUUAUUAACAGUGUUUGUUUUUCUUCGAGUCCCUUCAUCCUACAUUUUCAUGACAUUCACUGUAUAAAGACGUAGAGCCUAAUGUCAGCCCUCUGAAAAUCGAAGACAGAGAUUAGCCCAGCCUAAGAUGGUCCUCCUCCAAAGAUGUUUUGGGGUUUAUUUUGAUGGUUGUAUUUAUUGUUGAAUUCCCUUAGGGCAUUCUGGGAUAGAAAUGUUAGACAUUAUAUUUUGGGAUUUAAAAAAAGAUAUGACUUGCCUCGUGUCAACUUGAAAUUGAAAUUCUACCUUCCCUGACUGACUGGGUAAUAUACACAGUGUACAAAACAUUAAGAACACUUUCCUUUUGCCACCAGAACUGCGUCAAUUCGUAGGGGCAUGGACUCUGCAAGGUGUCAAAAGCGUUCCACAGGGAUGCUGGCCCAUGUUGAUUCCAUUGCUUCCCACAGUUGUAUGAAGUUGGCUGGAUGUCCUUUGGGUGGUGGACCAGUCUUGAUACACACAGGAAACUGUUGACUGUGAAAAACCCAGCAGCGUUGCAGUUCUUGACCAAGCCGGUGCGCUUGGCACCUACUACCAUACCCCUUCAAAGGCACUUACAUAUUUUGUCUUGCCCAUUCACCCUCUGAAUGGCACACAUACACAAUCCAUGUCUCGAGGAUUAAAAAUCCUUCUUUAACCUGUCUCCUCCCCUUCAUCUACACUGAUUUGAGGUGGAUUUAACAAGUGUCAUCAUAGCUUUCACCUGGUCAGUCUGUCAUGGAAAGACCAGGUGUUCUUAAUGUUUUGUACACUCAGUGUAGAUUAUAUAGCAACUGAUACCUAGUGGUUCUUAUUUCAAGGAUCCCAAAUAAUCCAAUAAGUUAAUAGAUAAUUAUAAUGUAAUUACUCUUUCCACUAUAUAAUCCCUAUAUUAACACCAGGAAAUACCAGACCGUAAACUAAACCACACUAACAAUGAACCUUUCCUCCUUUCAGAGCACCAUGUUUUAAUAGCCGUUGUUCAGUCCUAACCUAACCUUGACUAUAAUGGUAAACGUGAACCGCUUAUAUGAUCCAGGGCCAGUUUUACCUUCCUCCCCUGUGUUAACUGACUGUCCUUUCUGUGUGACCUCAGUGACCUGGACCCGCUCCAGGCCCCUCAUUGGUCAGUCCGAGUAAGGAAAGCAGACAGCCCCACGUGUUUGCUCGGUAAGACCCUCACAAAAAUACUUACUGACCUUACAGAAACAUUAUAGAAUCCAAUUGAUACCCAUGUACUGUAAUGUGCAUUUCCAUUGUCCUUCAUCUACCAGAUAUGUGUAUAGUGGGAUUAGGGGGAUCUACAUCCCAAGACGUCUUUUCUAAGAUUUGUUGGACAAUAAAGUAGGGUUGGGUUGAUGGUGACUAAAUCAUGAUGUGACCGACGAUUGGUUUAGCCUAUUUGAACUUGACUGGUGCCGUGCAGUAAAAAACGGGAGUAUCGCAGCGCACAGCAGGGCAGCACACAAGUGACAUUCUGAGUAAUUUGCCUAUUCCUAUUUGUUAUGGCCUAUUUCGAUAAAUAUGUUAUAUAGCCUACAUAACACAGAAGAGGAAUAUAGGCCAGACAGCGGAAAACUCCACCAAAGCAGCGCAAAAUGUCCAGUCAGAAAAUAUUGUUUCUCUGUCGGAUGCAUGGGCAUUAGGCUAUAUAGCCUUAACCUAUUUUUGUAUUUUUUAUAUCGGACACUGAUGAACUAUCUUGUGUCUUGCAGUUUAAAAAAACUUGGCCUAUAUUCCCUUCACUCUCCAUUCGAUAGGGUAUGAAUAUGACUGAAGGCUACGCUUCAUCGUUUUAUUCAUGGUUUUCUCCCGAUUUAAACAAUGAAUGUAACAGAUUUCCAUCUCAAAAAAUUAUUUGAAUAGCCUAAAAACUUAAGGUAGCCAGAGUACUAAUAAUUAGAGAGAACAAACAAUAUUAAUAGCCAAUAGAAAAACGAAUGGCAAGUUUAAUCAAGUUUAAGCUUAUUAACCUCUACGGGAUCGGUGUCCCGUAUACGGGACGGUUGAGCUAACGUGUGCUAAUGUGAUUAGCAUGACUGUUUGUAAAGAACAGCAAACUUUCCAGUACAUAGACAUGUCUUAUUUGGGCAAAAAGGUUAAAUUCUUGUUAAUCUAACUGCACUGUCCAAUUUACAGUAGCUAUUACAGUGAAAAAAUACCAUGCUAUUGUUUGAGGAGACUGCACAACAACAAAAAACUUAUCACGGCAACUGCUUUGAUACAUUCUCCUCUGAAGGUAAAUAAUAUACUUACAUUCAGUAAUCUUUCUCUGAUUUGUCAUCCAAAGGGUCCCAGAGAUAAAAUGUAGCAUAGUUUUGUUUUGCUUUAAGACGGCCUCCCGAGUGGCACAGCGGUCUAAGGCACUGCAUCGCAGCGCUUGAGGCGUCACUACAGACCCGGGUUCGAUCCCAGGCUGUGUCACAACCGUCCGGGAGGCCCUAUAGGGCGGGCACAAUUGGCCCAGCGUCGUCCGGGUUAGGGGAGGGUUUGGCCAGGGGGGCUUUACUUGGCUUAUCACACUCAAGCGACUCCUUGUGGCGGGCUGGGCGCCUGCAGGCUGACUUCAGUCGUCAGUUGAAUGGUGUUUCCUCCGACACAUUGGUGCAGCUGGCUUCCGGUUUAAGUGGGCGGGUGUUAAGAAGCGCGGUUUGGCGCCCAGCCCGCCAUGACUUGACCUUCGCCUCUCCCGAGCCCGUUGGGGAGUUGCAGCGAUGAGACGAUCGCAAUUGGAUAUCACGAAAUUGGGGAGAAAAAGGGGUUAAAUGUUUUUAUAUAUACAUGCAUACAUACAUACAUACAUACAUGCAUGCAUGCAUACAUACACACAUACAGUUGAAGUCGGAAGUUUACAUACACUUAGUUUGGAGUCAUUAAAACUCGUUUUUCAAACAAUAGUUGCCAUGGUGUUUAUACUUGCGUACUAUUGUUUGUACAGAUGAACGUGGUACCUUCAGGUGUUUGGAAAUUGCUCCCAAUGAUGAACCAGACUUGUGGAGGUCUACAAUUUUUCUUCUGAGGUCUUGGCUGAUUUCUUUUGAUUUUCCCAUGAUGUCAAGCAAAGAGGCACUGAGUUUGAAGGAAGGCCUUGAAAUACAUCCACAGGUACACCUCCAAUUGACUCAAAUGAUGUCAAUUACCCUAUCAGAAGCUUCUAAAGCCAUGACAUCAUUUUCUGGAAUUUUCCAAGCUGUUUAAAGGCACAGUCAACUUAGUGUAUGUAAACUUCUGACCCACUGGAAUAGUGAUACAGUGAAUUAUAAGUGAAAUAAUAUGUCUGUAAACAAUUGUUGGAAACAUUACUUGUGUCAUGCACAAAGUAGAUGUCCUAACCGACUUGCCAAAACUGUAGUUUGUUAUCAAGACAUUUGUGGAGUGGUUGAAAAACAAGUUUUAAUGACUCCAACCUAAGUGUAUGUAAACUUCCGACUUCAACUGUGUGUGUAUAUACAGUGGGGAGAACAAGUAUUUGUUGAAAUUAAAAAGUAGACCAGUUUCCAUUAAUGACCAAAAAAUGUACAGCUGCGCCAUACAGGUUUCGAUGUACCGAUUCCAUGGCACAUGGUGUAUGAACUGGUACACAAAACGACGCCGGAUUCAAAACUUACGAGUUUUUCAAUUUAAAUCAUUAUACAAAAUUCUUGCAACCAAUAGAAUGCUAUAUAUACAGUGGGGAGAACAAGUAUUUGAUACACUGCCAAUUUUGCAGGUUUUCCUACUUACAAAGCAUGUAGAAGUCUGUCAUUUUUAUCAUAGGUACACUUCAACUGUGAGAGAUGGAAUCUAAAACAAAAAUCCAGAAAAUCACAUUGUAUGAUUUUUAAGUAAUUUGCAUUUUAUUGCAUGACAUAAGUAUUUGAUACAUCAGAAAAGCAGAACUUAAUAUUUGGUACAGAAACCUUUGUUUGCAAUUACAGAGAUCAUACGUUUCCUGUAGGUCUUGACCAGGUUUGCACACACUGCAGCAGGGAUUUUGGCCCACUCCUCCAUACAGACCUUCUCCAGAUCCUUCAGGUUUCGGGGCUGUCGCUGGGCAAUACGGACUUUCAGCUCCCUCCAAAGAUUUUCUAUUGGGUUCAGGACUGGAGACUGGCUAGGCCACUCCAGGACCUUGAGAUGCUUCUUACGCAGCCACUCCAUAGUUGCCCUGGCUGUUUGUUUCGGGUCGUUGUCAUGCUGGAAGACCCAGCCACGACCCAUCUUCAAUGCUCUUACUGAGGGAAGGAGGUUGUUGGCCAAGAUCUCGCGAUACAUGGCCCCAUCCAUCCUCCCCUCAAUAUGGUGCAGUCGUCCUGUCCCCUUUGCAGAAAAGCAUCCCCAAAGAAUGAUGUUUCCACCUCCAUGCUUCACGGUUGGGAUGGUUUUCUUGGGGUUGUACUCAUCCUUCUUCCUCCAAACACGGCGAGUGGAGUUUAGACCAAAAAGCUAUAUUUUUGUCUCAUCAGACCACAUGACCUUCUCCCAUUCCUCCUCUGGAUCAUCCAGAUGGUCAUUGGCAAACUUCAGACGGGCCUGGACAUGCGCUGGCUUGAGCAGGGGGACCUUGCGUGCGCUGCAGGAUUUUAAUCCAUGACGGCGUAGUGUGUUACUAAUGGUUUUCUUUGAGACUGUGGUUCCAGCUCUCUUCAGGUCAUUGACCAGGUCCUGCCGUGUAGUUCUGGGCUGAUCCCUCACCUUCCUCAUGAUCAUUGAUGCCCCACGAGGUGAGAUCUUGCAUGGAGCCCCAGACCGAGGGUGAUUGACUGUCAUCUUGAACUUCUUCCAUUUUCUAAUAAUUGCGCCAACAGUUGUUGCCUUCUCACCAAGCUGUUGCCUUGUCCUGUAGCCCAUCCCAGCCUUGUGCAGGUCUACAAUUUUAUCCCUGAUGUCUUUACACAGCUCUCUGGUCUUGGCCAUUGUGGAGAGGUUGGAGUCUGUUUGAUUGAGUGUGUGGACAGGUGUCUUUUAUACAGGUAACGAGUUCAAACAGGUGCAGUUAAUACAGGUAAUGAGUGGAGAACAGGAGGGCUUCUUAAAGAAAAACUAACAGGUCUGUGUGAGCCGGAAUUCUUACUGGUUGGUAGGUGAUCAAAUACUUAUGUCAUGCAAUAACAUGCAAAUUAAUUACUUAAAAAUCAUACAAUGUGAUUUUCUGGAUUUUUGUUUUAGAUUCCGUCUCUCACAGUUGAAGUGUACAUAUGAUAAAAAUUACAGACCUCUACAUGCUUUGUAAGUAGGAAAAUCGGCAGUGUAUCAAAUACUUGUUCUCCCCACUGUGUGUGUGUGUGUGUGUGUAUGUGUAUAUAUAUAUAUAUAUAUAUAUAUAUAUAUAGAUAGAUAGAUAGAUAGAUAGAUAGUUUGGACACCUACUCAUUCAAGUUUAUUUUUUAUUUUUACUAUUUUCUACAUCAUAAAAUAACAGUGAAAAUAUCAAAACUAUGAAAUAACACAUAUGGAAUCAUGUAGUAACCAAAAAAGUGUUAAACAAAUCAUUUUUUUUUUUUGGAUUUUAGAUUCUUCAAAGUAGCCACCCUUUGCCUUGAUGACAGCUUUGCACACUUCUCUCAACCAGCUUCAUGAGGAAUGCUUUUCCAACAGUCUUGAAGGAGUUCCCACAUAUGCUGAGCACUUGUUGGCUGCUUUUCCUUCACUCUGUGGUCCUACUCAUCCCAAACCAUCUCAAUUGGGUUGAGGUCGGGUGAUUGUGGAGGCCAAGUAAUCUGAUGCAGCACUCCAUCACUCUCCUUCUUGGUCAAAUAGCACUUACACAGCCUGGAGGUGUGUUGGGUCAUUGUCCUAUUGAAAAACAAAUGAUAGUCCCAUUAAGCGCAAACCAGAUGGGAUGGCGUAUCGCUGCAGAAUGCUGUGGUAGCCGUGCUGGUUAAGUGUGCCUUGAAUUCUAAAUAGAUCACCGACAGUGUCACCAGCAAAGCACCAUCACACCACCUCCUCCAUGCUUCACGGUGGGAACUACACAUGCAGAGAUCAUCCGUUCACCUUCUCUGCGUCUCACAAAGACACGUUUGGAACCAAAAAUCUCAAAUUUGCACUCCAGACCAAAGGACAGAUUUCCACCGGUGUAAUGUCCAUUGCUCGUGUUUCUUGGCCCAAGCAAGUCUCUUCUUCUUAUUGGUGUCCUUUAGUAGUCGUUUCUUUGCAGCAAUUCGACCAUGAAUAGAUCACCGCAGUCUCCUCUGAACAGUUGAUGUUGAGAUGUGUCUGUUACAUUUAUUUGGGCUGCAAUUUCUGAGGCUGGUAACUCUAAUGAACUUAUCCUCUGCAGCAGAGGUAACUCUGGGUCUUCCUUUCCUCUGGCGGUCCUCAUGAUAGCCAGUUUCAUCAUAGCGCUUGAUGGUUUUUGCGACUGCACUUUAAGAAACCUUCAAAGUUCUUGAAAUGUUCCGUAUUGACUGACCUUCAUGUCUUAAAGUAAUGAUGGACUGUCGUUUCUCUUUGCUUAUUUUAGCUGUUCUUGCCAUAAUAUGGACUUGGUCUUUUACCAAAUAGGGCUAUCUUCUGUAUACCACCCCUACCUUGUCACAACACAACUGAUUGGCUCAAACGCAUUAAGAAGGAAAGAAAUUCCACCAAUAAACUUUUAACAAGGCACACCUGUUAAUUUAAAUGCAUUCCAGGUGACUGCCUCAAGAAGCUGGCUGAGAGAAUGCCAAGAGUGUGCAAAGCUGUCAUCAAGGCAAAGGCUGGCUACUUUGAAGAAUCUCAAAUAUAUAAUAUAUUUUGAUUUAACACUUUUUUUGUUACAACAUGAUUCUAUAUGUGUUAUUUCAUAGUUUUGGUGUCUUCACUAUUAUUCUGCAAUGUAGAAAAUAGUAAAAAUAAAGAAAAACCCUGGAAUGAGUAGGUGUGUCCAAACUUUUGUCUGGUACUGUAUGUAUGUAUGUGUGUGUAUAUGUAUAUAUAUAUAUAUAUAUAUUUUUAAAAAGCUUUACCACAAGUUAAAGUUAUGAAAAGUAGCUUAUUUCCCAAAUAUUGUAGCCUAAGAAGGUGUUGUGGCUUUCAAAAAUAACAAUAAUGAAAGUCUAUGUCCUUAGCCUAGGCUUAGGCUAUUCUCAAUCACAGCUUAAUGAGAACGGGAGAACAAACAAUUAUUAUUUAUUUUUCUAUUAUUUUAUGAUGCAAAUAAAGCGAUUUAUUAUCCAGUUCUGAAGACGGUAGACUGCUUCUAUCCAGCCAAUGAUGUAGGCCAGUAACCUAACUUAUGACAGUAAGACAGCCCGUUCCUCAUCAGACAGUCACUGCAACAUCAUGAACGCGGAAGGAAUAUUAGAAAAGAUUUGCCAUUGCCUGCACCUGGCCUCUGCCCAGGCUUUCAACAACAACAUAUUUUGUCAGGAUUCUUCCAGUUGCAUUCGAUUUUGCGCUAUAGCCCAUCUGUCGUUUUACCUGAUUGUAUUUUUUGGUGGCCAAUAGCGAGAGCAUCAUAUAUCACAAUGUUUUAGGGGUACCUAAUCACGAUAAGACAAAGGUUGCCAUCGCCCAACCCUACAAUAAAGACUUUGAAUUGAAUGGAAUAAAACCUAAUGUUCCCCAUCCCAGGUGACUUCCUGACAGAGUUCUUCAAGAUGUGCUCUAAGAAGGAGACAACAGAGGAGAUCCUGGGACGGGGUCCAGUUGAGGAGGAAGGCAAAGGUAAUAGGACUUCCUCUAUUAGUGUGUGCUAUGGCUACUGGGGUGUUUCUCAAUAGUCUAACAUCACUCCCUCUCAUUCUCCAAUAUGUUGUAAACCCAAAGGGGAUUUGUGCAGAGCUCAGUGCUGAUGGAGGAAAAGAAGAGUAGAACAUGAAGCCACUUUGGACUAUUGAGACCCUUGGCUUGUGUCUUUUAGUUUUUGUUUGUUUGCUGGUGCAUGUGAAGGGAGCAUAUGCUGUCUCUGUCAGAGCCCACCCUCAUUCCCUCCCUGUGUAUAAUUUAUAUCUCGCUCUCUUCCCCCCUUCCCUCCCCUGUUGUUACAGAUGACAUCAGCCAUGCCCUGUCUAAGUUGACAGAGCCCACGGCCGUGCCCAUCCCCAAGCUUUCUGUCUCUAACAUGGUGCACAGCGCCCGCAAACGCAUCCGCCGCCACCGCCGCGGCGCCGAAUCACCGCUCAGCAACGAUGUGCUCAACUCCAUACUGCUGGUGAGAGCGGCAACGCUUAGACAUGCGCGCGCGCACACACGCACAAUGAAACCCCAAAUAAACCAUGCAUCAGCUCUGAUGGGUUCACUAGGCUAUGUGUUUGGCCUGCUCAGACGUCUACUGCAGCCCUCUGAAGGCUUAUGGGGAUUUAGUCUGGCUGACAUACUACACAAGUGGCUCUGCCUCAGUGGCUGUGAGAGAGAGAGAGAGCUCCAGCCAUUCUCUGAGAGGAGAGAAAGGGAGCUGAGUCUGCAGCCAGGCUCCACUGUUACUGGCACUGCUGUGUGGAACAGUUUCUUAAUCAGCCGUGAAGACACUUUGCGUCCCAAUUGGCAAGUCCCAAAGGGCCUCUAUGGGCCCUGGUCAAAAGUAGUUGACUAUAUAGGGAAUAGGGUGCCAUUUGGGAUAAACACACUGCCAUUGGCCUAGAGGCUCAGUGGUGAGUCAGUUGGUGAAUAAAACAUUUUAAAGCAGACUCUGUUAGUAGCAGAAUUGUAAUUGAGGUAUUUUUUUGUCUAAAGGGUAAGAUGGAAUUGAUGUUCCCUAUGUAAGAGAAUGGUUAAGCUCAUAUUUGUGUGUGUCUCAGUAUCUCUUCCCAGAUGCUGCCAUAGACAAGUCAUCAUCAGAGAACAGCGAGAUCAAGGCUUCUCAAUUGAAUACUGAUGGGAAACCAGAAGAGAAGGAUUCUGACGACUAUGUAUGUCUGCCCUCUAUCUCUAUUUUACUAUCAUUCUCACAGACAGACGUUGUACACCAGGGGUGUGUUCAGUAGGAAUGACAUUCGAGAAACAAUUUGAAAUACCUGAACUUGUCUGAUAAAAGUACUCGUCUUUUUUCAGUGUGAACGAGAUUGUUCCUAACUGAAUGAAACUCACAAAUACAAUUUUCAGUUGUCAAACUUACACAUUCAGUAAAUCCAUCAUUGAUUAGUGAAAUCUUCUGCAGUACUGCAUCCUGAUUGUAGUCUCUUUGUCAACCCUCCCCCCUCCAUCCAGAACCUGUACAACCAGCUCAAGUCUGCUCCUAGUGACAGUCUGACGUACCGCCUGGCUCUGUGUGUGUGUCUGGUUAACUUCUACCAUGGAGGGGUUAGGGCCGUGGCUCACCUCUGGCAGGAGUUUGUCCUGGAGAUGAGAUACCGCUGGGAGAACAACUACCUCGUCUAUGGGUGAGAGCAUGAUCGUAUUUAUUACGCAACAAACGAUAUAUUAAUUAUAUAAUAUAACUAUAUUAUAAUAUAUUUUUUAAAGGGAGAGUGCUUUUAAAGGGACAGUGUGACAUUUUGGCAACUAAGCCAUUUUUCUACUUAUCCAGAGUCCGAUGAACUCAUGGAUACCAUUUUUAUGUCUCUGCAUGCAGUUUGAAGGAAGUUGCUAACUAGCGUUAGCACAAUGACUAGAAGUCUAUCUGCAUGCUAGCUGUUCCCCUAGACUUCCAGUCAUUGUGCUAGCGCUAGUGAAACUACCUUCAACUUAAUUCAAACUGCACGCAGAGACAUAAAAAUGGUAAUUGCCAAAAUCUCACACUAUCCCUAUAAGAUUAGAGAAACAAGUUAAAACCUAUAUUUAUAGCAAACAGAGCGAGCAGUGGCACGAUUGAGAGCCACGAGCGCACAGCCAACGCUUGCUCCUCAUCUCCCUACAGUGCAGUGGCUCCCAUCAGUUAUAUUUCAGAUGGUGUCAACAUCAUUUAAUUUUCAUGCAUUUUGGAGUCAAAUGUUUUUUUUUUAAGUCACCUUCUCGCAGUCGUUCUACAAAAAAAUCUCUCAGGGGCAUGCUCCCGGACCCCCGCAGCAAAGAGCCCCCUCCUCCCGCUACCUUUCCCACCGCUGUUGAUCCUAGGGGAAACACUGCACUUGAUUCCAGAGGGAAUAAAAAUAGAAAUUGGAUUGAACCCUCAUCAAAUUGCAUUGAACCCGAACCGGAAUUCCAUCAAUGAUGAUGUUGAGGGUAUACACUGUGACUGUAUACUGAAUCAUCCCCUUCCUGUCUUUUUUCUUUCAGACUGGCCAGUGGUCCUCCAGACCUUCGCUGCUGUCUCCUCCACCAGAAACUCCAGGUGACUAGCACGGUCUAUCAACUGUACACAUACAGACCUCGCUAUGAUUAUUACUAAGACUGUUUACUCAGUCCUAAUAGGCUUUGUCAGAGCUUUCCCUCUUUAAGGCCUGCAACAACAACAAAGCUCUCUGUAAAGUUUUUGAGAAAGACCACUAUAAGCCCCAUUAAUAAGCCUACAGACAUGGAUUGUGUAUUUGUGCCAUUCAGAGGGUGAAUGGGCAAGACAAAAUAUUUAAGUGCCUUUGAACGGGGUAUGGUAGUAGGUGUCAAGCGCACCGGUUUGGUCAAGAACUGCAACGCUGCUGGGUUUUUCACACUCAAGCAUUCAUCCAGCACAAAUCAAUCAGUCUGCAGAAAUUAAUUGUUUAGGAAUGAUGGAUUAAGAUGGAUUAAGAUGGUGGUAACAGCAGCAACUUGUACACCAGGAUCUCUCUCUCUCUGUGUGUUUUUGGUUUGCAUAUUAGUCUGGUAGAGUGAGAGAGUGAGUAGACAGUGUAGGAGAGAGAGAGUGAGUAGACAGUGUAGGAGAGUGAGAGGGUGAGUAGACAGGUAGGAGAGUGAGAGGGUGAGUAGACCGGUAGGAGAGAGUGAGUAGACAGUGUAGAGAGAGAGAUUGAGUAGACAGGUAUGAGGAGAGAGGUAGGACAAGGUGUGCGCGUGGUCGAGAAGGGAGUGAGAGAGUGGAGUUAGACCGGUAGGGGAGGGGAGUGGGUGUGAGUAGAACAGUGUAGGAGAGGAGGAUGAUUGGUAGACAGGGUAUGAGAGAGAGUAGACCAGGUGUUGAGAGUGAAGUCGGAGAGGGAGUUGGAAGGAGAGUGAGUAGACCGGGUACGGAGAGGGAGGGUGGGUAGACAGGUAGGACAGGUGGUAGGGUAGCGAGGUGAGUAGACAAGUAGGAGAGCGGUGAGUAGAUAGAUAGUAGCGGAGGAAGGUAGUGAGGUAGGACAGGUUAGGAUAGGGAGUGCGACGUGCGGGAGUGAGUAGACAGGAGAGUGGAGAGAGUGAGUAGACAGGUAGGGGUGAGGAGAGUGAGUUAGACAGGUAGGAGAGAGAGUGAGUAGACACGGUAGGGAGUUGAGAUAUUGCAGGUAGGACAGGUAGGAGAGACGAUUGGUAGACAGGUAGGAGUAGAGAUAUGAGUAGACAGGUAGGAGAGAGAGUGAGUAGACAGGUAGGAGUGAGAUAUUGAGUAGACAGGUAGGAGAGAGAGAGUGACGUAGUAAGAGUAGUGAGUGAAGAGUAUUGAGUAGACAGGUAGGAGAGAGAGUGAGAGAGUGAGUAGACAGGUGUGAGAGUGAGUAGACCGAUAGGAAAGAGUGAGUAGACCGGUAGGAUAGAGUGAGUAGACCAGUAGGAUAGAGUGAGUAGACUGGUAGGAGAGAGUGAGUAGACGUAGGUAGGAGGAGAAGUGAGUAGACCAGUAGGAGAGAGUGAGUAGACCGGUAGGAGAGAGAGUGAGUAGACAGGUAGGUGAGAGAGUGAGUAGACCGGUAGGAGAGAGAGUGAGUAGACGGGUAGGUGAGAGAGUGAGUAGAAGGUGAGGAGAGAGAGAUGUGACGUAGUAAGUGACAGGUAGGAGAGUGAGUAGAGUAGUGAGUAGACGUGGGUAGGAGAGGAGAGUAGUGAGAAGGUGAGUGAUCAGGUAGAGAGAGAGAUGAUGACAGGUGAGAGAGGUGAGUAGACAGGUAAGAGAGUGAGUGAGUCGACAGGUAGGAGAGAGAGUGAGAAGGUGAGUCGACAGGUAGGAGAGAGAGUGAGAAGGUGAGUCGACAGGUAGGAGAGAGAGUGAGAAGGUGAGUCGACAGGUAGGAGAGAGAGUGAGAAGGUGAGUCGACAGGUAGGAGAGAGAGUGGAGGUGAGAAUCGACAGGUAGGAGAGAGUGAGUGAAUCGACAGUUAUGAGAGAGAGGAGUAGACAGUGAGAGUGAGAGACGGUAGGAGAGAGAGUGAGAAGGUGAGUCGACAGGUAGGAGAGAGAGUGAGAAGGUGAGUCGACAGGUAGGAGUGAGAGAGUAGACAGGAGAGUGAGAGAGUGAGUCGACAGGUGUGAGAGUGAGUCGACAGGUGUGAGAGUGAGUCGACAGGUGUGAGAGUGAGUCGACAGGUAGAAGAGAGAGAGUGAGUCGACAGGUAGGCGAGAGAGUGGGAAGGUGAGUCGACAGGUAGGAGAGAGGGUGAGAAGGUGAGUAGACGGGUAGGAGUGAGAGUGAGUCGACAGGUAGGAGAGAGAGGUGAGUGAUCGACAGGUAGGAGAGAGGGUGAGUGAGUCGACAGGUAGGAGAGAGGGUGAGUGAGUCGAAGGUAGGAGAGAGGGUGAGUGAGGGAGUCGACGACAGGUAGGAGAGAGUGAGUAGACAGGUAGGAGAGAGUGAGGAGAGGUAGGAGUGACAGGUGUGAGAGUGAGUCGACAGGUGUGAGGAGAGUGAAGGUGGAGAGUGAGUGCAGUGAGAAGACAGGUAGGAGAGGAAGAGUGGAGUAGACAGGUAGGAAUGAGGAGAGUGAGAGAGGUGAGUGAGUCGAGUAGGAGAGAGGGUGAGUGAGUCGACAGGUAAGGAGAGAGUGAGUAGCGAUAGGAGAAGUGAGUAGACGGGUAGGAGAGAGUGAGUAGACGGGUAGGAGAGAGUGAGUAGACGGGUAGGAGAGAGUGAGUAGACGGGUAGGAGAGAGGAGUAGACGGGUAGGAGAGAGUGAGUAGACCGGUAGGAGAGAGUGAGUAGACCGGUAGGAGAGAGUGAGUAGACCGGUAGGAGAGAGAGUGAGUCGACAGGUAGGAGAGAGAGUGAGUGAGUGAGUCGACAGGUAGGGCAGAGAGUGAGUGAGUGAGUCGACAGGUAGGAGAAGGAGUGAGUGAGUCGACAGGUAGGAGAGAGGGUGAGUGAGUCGACGGGUUUGGAGAGAGGGUGAGUGAGUCGACGGGUUGGAGAGAGUGGUGAGUGAGUCGACAGGUAGGAGAGAGGGUGAGUGAGUCGACAGGUAGGAGAAGUGAGUGUGUCAACAGGUAGGAGAGAGAGUGAGAGAGUGAGUAGACAGGUAGGAGAGAGAGUGAGAGAGUGAGUAGACAGGUAGGAGAGAGAGUGAGAGAGUGAGUCGACAGGUAGGAGAGAGAGUGAGUGAGUGAGUCGACAGGUAGGAGAGAGAGUGAGUGAGUGAGUCGACAGGUAGGAGAGAGAGUGAGUGAGUGAGUCGACGGGUAGGAGAGAGGGUGAGUGAGUCGACGGGUUGGAGAGAGGGUGAGUGAGUCGACAGGUAGGAGAGAGAGUGAGUGAGUGAGUCGACGGGUAGGAGAGAGGGUGAGUGAGUCGACAGGUAGGAGAGUGAGUGUGUCAACAGGUAGGAGAGAGAGUGAGAGAGUGAGUAGACAGGUAGGAGAGAGAGUGAGAGAGUGAGUCGACAGGUAGGAGAGAGAGUGAGUGAGUCGACAGGUAGGAGAGAGAGUGAGUGAGUGAGUCGACAGGUAGGAGAGAGAGUGAGUGAGUGAGUGAGUCGACGGGUAGGAGAGAGGGUGAGUGAGUCGACGGGUUGGAGAGAGGGUGAGUGAGUCGACAGGUAGGAGAGAGAGUGAGUGAGUCGACAGGUAGGAGAGAGAGUGAGUGAGUGAGUCGACAGGUAGGAGAGAGAGUGGAGUGAGUGAGUCGACGGGUAGGAGAGAGGGUGAGUGAGUCGACGGGUUGGAGAGAGGGUGAGUGAGUCGACAGGUAGGAGAGAGGGUGAGUGAGUCGACAGGUAGGAGAGUGAGUGUGUCAACAGGUAGGAGAGAGAGUAAGUAGACGGGUAGGAGAGAGUGAGUAGACGGGUAGGAGAGAGUGAGUAGACAAGUAGGAGUGAGAGAGUAGACAGGAGAGUGAGAGAGUGAGUCGACAGGUAGGUGAUUGAGUGAGUAGACUGGUAGGAGAGAGUGAGUAGACUGGUAGGAGAGAGUGAGUAGACUGGUAGGAGAGAGUGAGUAGACCGGUAGGAGAGAGGUGAGUCGACAGUAGAGAGAGAGAGAGUGAGUGAGUGAGUCGACAGGUAGGGCAGAGAGUGAGUGAGUGAGUCGACAGGUAGGAGAAGGAGUGAGUGAGUCGACAGGUAGGAGAGAGGGUGAGUGAGUGAGUCGACAGGUAGGAGAGAGAGUGAGUGAGUGAGUCGACGGGUAGGAGAGAGGGUGAGUGAGUCGACGGGUUGGAGAGAGGGUGAGUGAGUCGACAGGUAGGAGAGAGGGUGAGUGAGUCGACAGGUAGGAGAGUGAGUGUGUCAACAGGUAGGAGAGAGAGUGAGAGAGUGAGUCGACAGGUAGGAGAGAGAGUGAGUGAGUGAGUCGACAGGUAGGAGAGAGAGUGAGUGAGUCGACAGGUAGGAGAGAGAGUGAGUGAGUGAGUCGACAGGUAGGAGAGAGAGUGAGUGAGUGAGUCGACAGGUAGGAGAGAGAGGAGUGGUGAGUGAGUGAGUCGACGGUAGGAGAGAGGGUGAGUGAGUCGACGGGUUGGAGAGAGGGUGAGUGAGUCGACAGGUAGGAGAGAGGGUGAGUGAGUCGACAGGUAGGAGAGUGAGUGUGUCAACAGGUAGGAGAGAGAGUGAGAGAGUGAGUAGACAGGUAGGAGAGAGGGUGAGUGAGUCGACAGGUAGGAGAGAGGGUGAGUGAGUCGACAGGUAGGAGAGAGGGUGAGUGAGUCGACAGGUAGGAGAGUGAGUGUGUCAACAGGUAGGAGAGAGAGUGAGAGAGUGAGUCGACAGGUAGGAGAGAGGGUGAGUGAGUCGACAGGUAGGAGAGAGGGUGAGUGAGUCGACAGGUAGGAGAGAGGGUGAGUGAGUCGACAGGUAGGAGAGAGGGGGAGUGAGUCGACAGGUAGGAGAGAGGGUGAGUGAGUCGACAGGUAGGUGAGAGGGUUAGUGAGUCGACAGGUAGGAGAGGGAGUGAGAGAGUGUGUAGACCGGUAGGAGAGAGAGUGAGUGAGUGAGUAGACUGGUAGGUGAGAGAGAGCGAGUGGACAGGUAGGGGAGAGAGCGAGUGGACAGGUAGGGGAGAGAGCGAGUGGACAGGUAGGGGAGAGAGCGAGUGGACAGGGAGCAGUGUCUCCCCCUAGGGCUGUGACGGUCAUGGAAUUUUGGAUGACUGUAAUUGGCCAGCCAAAUGACCGCGGUCACCGUAUUAACGGUUGAAUAGCAAAAAAAUUAAUAUAUUUAUUUUAAUUGGGGGGGUUGUUUUAGACACAUUUUCUCCUCUCCUCCGCUCCUGACUGCAUGUGCAGCCAUAGAAAUAGAAUGAAUGGAACAGGAGUCCCCCCCAAAAAAAAUCUGUUAACAUCAUUUGAAAGAACAUUCUACAUUACUAUGGAAAUUAUUGCAAUACCAGGCAGCGGUUCCAAGCCUGUUGUAUUAAUUAUAUUUCUAUGUGUCCUGCUGCUGCAUUGUGGUCAUCCAGUCAGCUUUUUGUCUGCAGUGGCCCCAGACAACCAAACCCAGACCCAUAAACACUGUUGUUAUUCAGCCACCCACGCCUCACCUGGGGAAGAGAGGGAGGGAUUGUGGAAUGAGAGAGGAAGCGAUAAAAGGAAGGGAGAGAGGUGGUAAUAAAGAUGUCCAGAGAGAGUGGGAGAGAGUGAGCGAGGAUGAGAGGGAAGGAAGGCGAGGUAAUAUCUUUCUGGAAAGGCAGAGAGAGCCACUUUAUCUGCAAUCACUUUAAAAAGAGGAAGAGGUGCCCAGGCGGCACUGGGCAAAGAGCUCCUGACUCAUAAACUGAGUCUGUCUCUGUAUCUCUCCCUCUACCAACCUACCUCUACCUCUCUGCUCUCUCCCCCUUCUCUCUACCUCUGCUCUCUCUCUCUCUCUCUCUCUCUCUCUCUCUCUCUCUCUCUCUGCUCCCUUCUCUCUCCCUGCUCCCCCCCUCUCUCCCUCUCUCUGCUCCCUACUCACCUAGGCUAGGCAUGCAUCAGUAUUAGAGCAGAAAGUGACUCUAUUCACGGCGCUGCAGCCUGCCCGAGGUAGACGUUUGGAGCUCAGUGUAGGAGGAGAAGAAGACUUUAGUGUGGGCACAAAGGGACAUGAUGAUGAGAAAUGGCUCGGUAAGGGCCAAAGGGAUGAGAUGGGUUUAUACUGGCUAGAAUUACACACACACACACCUACCUCCCAAAACCUUGCCAUCUGCUGCUGUUUCCCUGACUCCCUGCACUCAUCACUCUUUGUCCGUCUCUGCCCCCCAGAUGCUCAACUGCUGCAUCGAGAGGAAGAGGGCGAGGGAUGACGGGAGGAAGACUAUUGAGGGAGGGAAGGCGAGAGAGAGAGAGAGGGAGAGGAAGGUGGCAGGGUCGACCGGGACUGAGAACGGGCGCCUGGGGCCGGAGAGUGCAGCGACGGCAGAGGGGGGCAGAGAGGUGUCUCCUGGGAAGUCGUGGGACUCGUGGAGUGACAGCGAGGGCGAGGACGAGUUCUUUGAGUGCCUGAGCGACACGGAGGAGAUGAAGGAUGGUGCGGCCACAGACGGCGAGAAGGGCGGGGCCAAGGUGGCCAAGCCAGAGGGUCGGCUCCACCCCCACGGGAAGUUGACCCUGCUCAACUCCCAGGAACCCCUGUACAUCCCUGUUACUCAGGUCAGACAUACAAACGCACACAGCCAUUUCAUUUUUCAUGUGAUUGACUGGUGGCUUCAAGCACCCUUUAAUUGUUUCAUUGUUUUAAGUAAGAGGAAGGAGUUGAGCACAUUCUUUCUCUUUACCUCAGACAAGGAGGCAGCCAUGGUAGAUGUACUGUACGAUAUGCACCACUCUAACUCACUGACCUAUUCAUUACUAUACAAAACAUUAAGAACACAUGCUCUUUCCAUGACAGACUGACCAGGUGAAUCCAGGUGAAAGCUCUGAUCCCUUAUUGAUGUCACUUGUUAAAUCCACUUCAAUCAGUGUAGAUAAAGGGGAGGAGACGGGUUAAGUAAGGUUUUUUUAAGCCUAGAGACAAUUGAAACAUGGAUUGUGUAUGUGUGCCAUUCAGAGGGUGAAUGGGCAAGACAAAAUAUGUAAGUGCCUUUGAACGGGGUAUGGUGUUAGGUGCCAAGGGCUACAACGCUGCUGGGUUUUUCACGCUCAACAGUUUUCUGUGUGUAUCAAGAAUGGUCCACCACCCAAAGGACAUCCAUCCAACUUGACACAACUGUGGGAAGCAUUGAAGUCAACAUGGGCCAGCAUCCCUGUGGAACGCUUUCGACACCUUGUAGAGCCCAUGCCCCGACGAAUUGAGGCUGUUCUGAGGGCAAAAGGGUUGUUCCUAAUGUUUGGUAUACUCAGUGAUUCCUAGGACCAAUAUUUCCACAUACAGACCAUGUCAUUAACAAUGCCACAGGUCAGACAAACAGACAGCCAUGGCAGAUGUACUGUACAAUAUGCACCAGUAACUCAUUUACCUAUUCAUUAAUACAUUGUAAUGAUACUGUAACUCGUUGUUACUAUGGUACCAUAAAUCACUAGAACACAGUAGCCUUGACAAAUACAGUGUAUGCACACAGUGCCUAAUUCAUUAUCACGGACUUGUAAUAAAUCAUUGUUGUAACAUAAAACUCAUAAUUAGCUUUAAAUGUCUACGGGUUAAUCUUAAUAAGUAUGGUAAAGCCAAGAACAGCAUGAUGUGAAACUUAGCCUGACAGAAUCAACUCAACAAAGGCUGUGCUCGGCCUCUUAUUGUAGAAGGCAUUUGGGGGCAGGUAGAUACUAUAAUACAUCUUAUUAUAAUUGGCUAUAUCCUCUUCCAUUUGGUGGCCACCUCUGAUCAGCCUCUAUGCCAGUGGUGUCAGGUUUUUCCUUUCAAUUAAGCCCUAGACAACCAGGUGAGGUUAGUGACCUUAAUUCAUCAAUCAAGUACAAGGGAGGAGUGAAAACCCGCAGACACUCUGCCCUCCAUGGAACAAGUUUAGCACAUGUGCUCUAUGCUAUGAGUCUCUCUGAUAGUGCUAACUCCCUCCCUCUCCAUUCCCUGCUAUGUGUGUGAGCCCAGAGCUAGCAUGGAGAGAUUUGUAGCUCCUCUCCCCCUCAUCAGUUAUAGACCGGGAUGAAUAGUAGAGCUAAUUAAUGCACAGGGCUGAGGCUGACCCUUUUCAAUGAUUAACACUAGGAGGUGAGAUGCAGGAAGGGAGAUGGUGGCCCGGGCUGUCUGAAGCUGAUAUCUAUCCACAAAUGCAUAACACGCACACAAAGACGACACACAGACCCAGCACACAGAUACACACACAGCACACAGUGCAGAUGGUGGACGAGGACGGACGCCUUGCCGAGUUAAGAGAGCGGAACGACCGUGUGCUGCGUGGAGGGAGAGAUGGAUGGAGUGUAUGAGUGUAAAAGAAACGAGUGUCAGCACUUCUAGACGGGCCCGACGACUUCACACAGAUUGCGUCUGCUGUGUGCAAUCUCCAUCUAACACACACGCACACACACAGUCUCAGGCCGUGUCUACACUUGACACUUACAUUCGACUUCUGCUAUCAGAAUACGAAGAUCAGGUCUAGACGCACUAAAGUUGCGAUGUGGUCUGAUUGUGUUCAGAUCUGGCUGACCACCUUAUCGAGCCAUUUUUCCUCAGGAGGUUUGUGUGCAGAUUUCUCCUCAGUCUGGACUCAAUCAGGCUACCGAAAGUGGCGGUCCACGGGCCAUAUGGUUUUAUUUGCCCCCACAAGGUUUCUGAGCCAAAAAUUGAAUUUCUUUGUUGUUGUAAAAAACACCAGGAAAUCUGCUCCAAGUGAAGAAAUCUGUUCCCAAGUAUUCCCACGCCUAAUAGAGGGACGUGAUCGUAUGCAAAUGUACGCAAGGUUUGAAAUGAUUAUGUUUUAGUUAAACAUUAUAUCUGUUUGGGCUUCUUGCGGACAAAUUAUUAGUAAUUAUGUUCCGGCCCUCCGACCAGCCGCUCAAGAAAAAAUCGUCCCGCUGCCGAAUCUAGUUGACGAUCCCUGGUGUGUACAGUCUCCAGAAAACGUGUGUUUUGGGAAAGAGAGGCACCUUUUCGUUAUAACAUUUGAGGAAAUACAUUCCUAGCGUGUGAGGGAAGUGUUUGCUGGCCUCAUGAAUGCUAGCCAGCGAGCUACUAUUUCUAAAAAUGUUUUAGUUUUUUGGCUAGAAUUAUGCUAACCUGUUUGCAAUCCCUCUAGCAUUGCUUUCUAGCUUGCUGGCUAGUUAGCUACAGUAGUUAGCUACUGCUAUCAAGUUGUUGUGUUAUCAUAUUUUGCCUAUUCCACCGUUUGCAGAAUACAUACUGGCAUUUGAAUAUAGCGUGAAAAAACAGAAUCCAGACAAAAAUGUGGACCAAUUUGCUUUGCACCCCCUCCCCUUGUGCUUCUCUGCCUGUCUGUGCACCAUUGCAGUGACUUCUGUUGCACAGACAGCUUCUCCCACUCUCGUUUGCGGCAGAAUUGAGUGGGAAAAGUCGCAAAAUGCAAUCAAAACCAUAGAAAUCCUCUGUGUCAAAACUCCCCAAAAGCAGCCUGAAAAGUAGCUGAAUUUGGCGCUAGCCUCUUUUACCAAUAAAAGUCACUGGAGGGGUCUGAAAACUUGCUAAAUAUAUCGAGAAAGUUGCUAAAUUGGCAACACUGACUGUGGACAUGGUGGACACAUUUAAAUGUAGUUGUAGACGCAUGAUGUGUCCGUAAUUCCAUGAUCAGAACUCCAUGAUCAGAAAACAUAAACUGCAUUCAUUAACUGUCAAGUCUAGACACUGCCUCAGUCUCCCGCUCUCUCGGUGUAUCAUGCAGGGAUUUUUGCACUUGUCUUUUCUCUGUCUGCCCUUUUCUAUCUCUCGCCCUCUUUAUCCACACAACAUUCUCCAAACCUUUGUCUCUCUGUCUCUCAUAUAUCACUCCCACUACCCUUCAGUCCUUUUCCAUUUCCUCUCUCUUUUCUCUUUCUCUCGCUGUGUCCUCUCAAUGACAUGUUCUCUCUUUCUCUUCCUACAUCCAUCGAUUAUCUGUACGUCUGUUUGCUCAUCUGUGCUGCUCUGUCUCUGUCUGGAUCUGUUGUCUCCAUCUCCGCUCGCCUGUCUGUUUUUUCUAUUUUUUUCUAUUACCUUUCAGACAUUUCCUCUCUGACACCCCUGUCAGUCUCUCUCUCUCGCGCACGCUCUCUCUCUCUCUCUCGCGCUCUGUCUCGCGUGCUCUCUUUCUCUCGCGCUCUCCCACACUCCAUCACUUCUCCUCCUCCCUCUCUGUCGGAAUUUUAAACAGCAGGGGCAGGGGUAGGAGGGGGGACAGGGGUAGGCAGAGAUGGGUGUUUUAGAUUCAUGGCAUUGCCACUUUAUUUGUAAUGAGGUGGAUGCCUCUUCACACAUACUCGUACGCUCUGCUCUGCAUUCUCACCUUCCUUCCCUAGUUUUAAUUAGUCUGGGUAAAGUGUUGUUUGGUUGCCGCUCCUCUCUGCCCUGUUUAUAUUCCCCACACUCUGUCUGCGUCCUAAAUAGCAUACUAUACUAUAUAUGGUGCACUACUUUUGACAAGGGGCAAGGCCUAUAGGGCUCUGGUCAAAUGUAAUGCACUAUAUUGGGAAUGGGGUGCAAUUUGGGACGCAGAUCUCUCAAGAGCCGCAGCUAAUGGCCCCCUCUGACUCAGGUCAUUCUUUAUUUCAUUAGAAACUUGCUCAGGAGGGGACAGGCUUUUGGUUUUUUCUUUCUCCCAGACCCGACUGUGCAUUAGUCAGUCUGAGCCCACUGGGUAGAAUGCAUUAGAGGCUGUGAUGGUAAUGAAAGAAAGGCACAGUUGGGUUCUGCCCCCUGUUUUCCAUUCAUGAUUGCAUGGUGUGUGGCCUUUUGCAUUUAGAGGUAUGCGGUCGUUGUUUGAAAAGGUAGGUACAGCAGCCUCACGUUGGGCUAGUUCCGCUCAGAAAUCCAUUGGGUGAUGUAUUGAGCCCAUUGUUAUACAAGCCUGCUUUGUGCUGGAAAAAAGUUGCAUAAUGGCAGCAAUGAAAUAGGAAGGAAUGGCUCAUUUUAAAGCAGGUUAUAAAAUGUAUAAGUAAUGGCUAUUAGAGUUAUUACAGGCCAGGGAGCAGAAUCAGGAUUCUAUGAAAUGAGGGACUUUUGCAGGUUUAUCUGAACUAUAGUGAAUAUUUUGUACAUAACAAACCUACUGGGUAUUGAAACCGGGUUAUCUGUGUGACAAUGUUAGCCCUCUGAGCUAAAGCCCUGGCUAACUCAAGUUGCCGAGUCUCAAGCAAGGUUACUCACCAAGCAAGCAAAGUUUGGCAAACCACCACCUCUACAUGCAGUCAGUCUUUUUUGCUCAUUCAAAUAACCAUUUUAGUUAUGCACCUGAUUGGCCGGUGAUCAUGACUUACAUUGCCAGUGGUGGAACCGAAUCAGACCUUAACGAACAUUAUGCGGUGUUCAGUUGCCCUUCAGCAACAUGGACACUAGACAGGCCUGUGGACAUUGCUCUACAAGACAACCAGCGCAGCCGGCCGCGACCGGGAGACUCAUGGGCGGCGCACAAUUGGCCCAGCGUCGUCCAGGGUAGGGGAGGGAAUGGCCGGCAGGGAUGUAGCUCAGUUGAUAGAGCAUGGCGUUUGCAACGCCAGGGUUGUGGGUUCGAUUCCCAUGGGGGGCCAGUAUAAAAAAAAAUAUGUAUUCACUAACUGUAAGUCGCUCUGGAUAAGAGCGUCUGCUAAAUGACGUAAAUGUAAUGUAAAUGUGUUCAUUAGCCGGGGCUGAUGGGAGAUUGGCAGGGCAUUGUGGGUGUUUUGGCAUGGGGUUGGAGGUGCCUCAAGUGUUCCACAGGUCCCUAAUGAACAUGACGAGCUGUUAGUCUCCUCUGUUCUGCUCAGAGUGAAUGACUGGGCCAAACCUUGUGUCACUGCUGCAUGUCUCUCAGACACUAAUAAGUACUGUAACAUACAGAACUUAUGGGUAAACCUUUAGGGGUCAGUUUCUGACUUCCGUGUGUGUCGGAAACCAACCCACACACACACGCUACUUCAUACACACACUAAAACCCCUAAAACACAGAAACCCUGAAUGUCCUCCUUCCCACUCCCCAGGAGCCAGCGCCCAUGACAGAAGACCUUCUAGAGGAGCAGUCGGAGGUAUUGGCCAAACUGGGCACGUCAGCCGAGGGUGCCCACCUCCGCGCCCGCAUGCAGAGUGCCUGUCUGCUCUCAGACAUGGAGUCUUUUAAGGUGAGGAUACACACUGACACCGACAUACACACACACACACACACACCCUGAAAUUAACGCUGGCACACACACAAACACAGAGGCACACGCACACACUCACUCUCACUGCCACCCAGACUGGGUGAGUGGCACAGGAGCCUAUUAGUGGUCUCCGUCCUCUGUCAGUCAAUGUGUCAGACUGGGGGGCGUUUGACUUGAUUCUGACAGUCUCCUUUAGUCUCCCUCGUCUCACACGGUGGCACAGUGGAGGGCAUGCUAAUUGUGUUAUAAAUGUCAAUGAAAGGCUUCUUUCCUAUUAGAAAAUGUGAGGGGUGUGCAUUUGGACAUUUGGACGAGGUUUUAGAGAGCUGAUAUACUGUACAGAUUUCUGUUUAAGUGCUUCAAAUACUUUCCAUUUUGAAAAUAAGCCUCCAUAGUGUUGAAUUAUUGAAUACUAGUGGUUGAUGUAAUGCCAGUAAAAGUAUUAGUUAGAAGAUUGAUCACAAAUGCUUUUGAUGAUUAAAGUACAUUUCCUUUAUCAUGCAGACAAAUAUACAUAACCGCUCUUACAAUCCCGCUAUGUGUCUUGAAUUAAUUUAGUCAAGUUACAUUUAAUAGUUGUCCCUUUAAAAAUGUUUUAGACACAGGCUAAAGAAAGCUCUCUAUGGUAACCUUAUUGUGCAAUGAAUACAGUGAAACAUACCCCAUUUUUCUGCUGAGUAGAAUGCAGCCACACCUGCUAACUCCAAGCUGUUGGAUUCAAAAGGUUCAGAACAUCAGGUCACCAUCUUUAAACUUCUCUGAUGGGACUUCAGGCUCCACCCCUUUGUUCCCAACAGUAACAAACGUUGACAAAUAGUGUUCCGUCAGGGGGCACAGUUGCAACUUUUUGUCGCAUUACCCCAGUCUGUUUUUAACUGGCCCACUAAAUGCUCUACUUUGGAGGUAGUUGUAUGUUCUCUUCUCGAUCUCUUCUUCUUUUGUUCUUUCUGAGCGCCGACAACAGCUGACGUGAGAGGGAGGGAGAUGGGUUAUAAACUAGAGGUAGAAGAAUGUUGUGUACUCAGGCAGAGCGGUAAAUGGGGCCCUUGAGUUAGAAUGGCCUCUACAUUUCUCAGGGCCAGGGCCAACCUGCUCUGUAUGUAAUUGUGCUUAGCCAAGCAUAAUCUGGCAUUUUAGCUUUAAUUAUCCCGGUCCCUGCAGGCGCAAAGCAAAGGAUGGACCACUGAUGAAUGGUGGGGACUUAGGAAUAUGACAGCCAAGCACCACGUACCAGCCCCCUCCUCAACUGAAUAUGUCUCACGCACGAAUGCAGGCAUGCACACAUACACGUCACGCACGAAAGCAUGCACACAUACACGUCACGCACGAAAGCAUACACACAUACACGUCACGCACGAAAGCAUACACACACAAACACACACACACUUCUUCCUUAGGGGGACAGCAGCAGAGGAGAAGCCUCCUGUCUGUCCUACCCUGGGCCCACAGGCUACGGAGGAGCUCCUGUCUGUCCUGCCCUGGGCCCACAGGCUACGGAGGAGCUCCUGUCUGUCCUGCCCUGGGCCCACAGGCUACGGAGGAGCUCCUGUCUGUCCUGCCCUGGGCCCACAGGCUACGGAGGAGCUCCUGUCUGUCCUGCCCUGGGCCCACAGGCUACGGAGGAGCUCCUGUCUGUCCUGCCCUGGGCCCACAGGCUACGGAGGAGCUCCUGUCUGUCAUGCCCUGGGCCCACAGGACUACGGAGGAGCUCCUGUCUGUCAGCCCUGGGCCACAGCUACGGAGGAGCUCAUGUCUGUUCUGCCCUGGCCCACAGGCUACGGAGAGCUCCUGUCUGUCCUGCCCUGGCCCACAGGCUACGGAGGAGCUUCCUGUCUGUCCUGCCCUGGGCCCACAGCUAGGAGGAGCUCCUGUCUGUCCUGCCCUGGGCCCACAGGCUACGGAGGAGCUCCUGUCUGUCCUGCCCUGGGCCCACAGGCUACGGAGGAGCUCCUGUCUGUCAUGCCCUGGGCCCACAGGCUACGGAGGAGCUCCUGUCUCAGUUAUUCACACUUUAUCCUCCUCCUCAUCAAUCCAUCUACUGCUGCUGCACUGAAAUGGAGCUGUCUCCUCGCUACGAAACUUAGAUCAUUUCCUCUAUUUCUUUCUGUGGUAAGGCAGGCUUCUAAUUAAUUAUGGAGUGUGAAUGAAGGAGAGAAAGUACUGUGUGAGAACACACUAACACACCAGCAAAAGGUCACACAAAAGUUAUACUUGUUCAAUUGGUCAGUCGGUUGGUUUCCAGAGGAAGCAUGGAGACUGACAUUGAUUUAUUUCACAGCAGUAGGUACUCUGAUUCAGACUCAUUCCCUCUGAGAGCCAUUAACACACUGAUGCUGUCUGCUACAUCUGACUAACCUGAAUCAUCACCUGUCUCUGAGUCAUGAGCUCACAGACAGUGGGCACUGCUCUGGAGUGGAGCUGAAACACUAGAAUGUCAUUGCACACACUGGAGGUGGAGAUGACAUCAGCCAAAUGUAUGCGUGUUUUCUGCUACUAUCGCCAGGGUUUUCUAGAAGACUUUGACUUCUCUGUGUGUGUAUAUAUGCUCUGGAAGAAUAGAAUAUAGUUGAAACUCUUGAACAUCUGUGGGGGUUGAGAACAUGACUUGGUAGUGACAGUAACAAGCCUGUCUGUCCAUGUACAUAUUAGGCAGCGAACCCUGGCUGUACCCUGGAGAACUUUGUACAAUGUCUAUAUUUAUGUAUAGACUGUAGAACUCUGGAACAUAAUGACUAGCAUUGACGUGCCUGUCUGUGUGUCUCUGUGUCAGGCGGCGAACCCUGGUUGUACCCUGGAGGACUUUGUGAGGUGGUACUCUCCCAGGGACUACGUUGAGGAGGAGGUGGUGGACGAGAUCGGAGACACGGUGGUCAGGGGCGACCUGAGUGCCAGGAUGAAGAUCCCGGGAAACAUGUGGAUGGAGGCGUGGGCCACUGCCAAGACUACCCCCGCUCGCAGACAGAGACGCCUGUUUGACGACACCAAGGAGGCUGAGAAGGUACUGAGCUUGGAGCUUUUAGAAUAAUAUUUGGCCGCCGGAAAACGUGUGGCGAGGCGGCAUUUUCCCCAGCACUUUUCAAUCAGGUGGGACAGCGGCCCACUGCUUUUGAUUUAGUUUCAUAAAAAAUAUUGAUGCAAAAACGUUUUAUUUUUACCUGAUUUGCCACACGCACAAUUUCUCUGUCCUUCACAUUGGAGUGCUGCUGCAGGCUCUGUGCGUUUCUUGACCAAUCAGGUUCACGGAAAUCAACGCACAACGCUCAAGGCGCCCCAUCCACUUUCCUCCGGUAGGCUAUUUAUUUAGCAAACGUUAUAUCACUCCCGACAGACACAAGCAAAACCUCUUUACAUAAAUGUUGUAGCAGCCUACACCUAAACAUUAGUGAUCUUCUGUAUUGCAUGGAAACAAGAUUAUAAUUUUUUGUCUGAUCAACUGUAGGAGACUAACAGCUGCAUACUGUCUACUACGCCCUGUCCCUCUGGCCAGGGUAAACGAAGACGUAAUGUUGUGUAUUUAAAGCCCAUUUUUUGGUUUAUAUUCAUACUUUGGGUGACUAGGCUACCUAGACCUUUUCAAUCCAACAUUAUUAACUGGAAUGAAUCAAUAAACGCAGUAUCUGACAUAGACGGUGAGUUCUUGUUUAAUUAGGCCUACAGUUGCAUAGGGCAGGACUAAACAAUGCAGACCUGCAUAAAGCAAGCUCAGCCUUUUGAGUUCUAUUGUCCAAUCAUGUUGCUGUCUGUGGAUGUGUAGAUGAAACCCCCCGUUUUAGUCUAGCUUUAAAAUAUAAUGAAUAUGAGCAAGUAGAAGGUUGCUGCAGUUUGACAGGGUUUUCAUCCUCCCCAAGGCCAGGAGUUUUUCCAGGAGUUUUUAAAACCAUGUGACCCGAUUUUAGAAAAACUCUGGUCCCAUAAUAGCCCAUAUUAAACCUUUUUACAACUGAUUAACCAUGUCAUAUCGUGUAAGAUCCAGAGUUUUAGGUUACCCAGGAAAAACUAAAAGGGGGGGUAAGCUCAGUUUGGGGUUUUCCCCCUUAAGGUUAGGAUUUGGGGAGGAUAAGUUGUGCCUAAGUGCAACUUUUACCCAGAGGCAUUGUGUUUCCCUGACUGAUUUAAUAUGACUAAGUGAAAAAGGCCUCUGACUGCAACAGGUUAAUACGUUUCCCUUUUGAACUGCUAGACUGAGAAUCUGUGAAUGACACCUCCACCUGUCCUGCAGCUCAUUGCUGCCAGCCCAAAGAACUAAACCCUGCCAGGUUCACUACACACUCUGCCUCUCUCUGUUUGUCCCUGUUUCAGCCAAUCACCAUGCAGCGCUGCUAGAAAUAGGAAGUAGGUCAGAACACAAAGUGUCCCUGCUACGACACACACACACACACACACACCACACACACACACACACACACACACACACACACAAGGUGUCCCUCCCCUCCCUGCCAUGGUCCCCUCCCUGAGAGUUUAAACUGAGUUUAGGGGAACCUUGCUGGGCCUUGAAGGUCGGUCAUCUAGCCUAUAGCGCUGCGACCUUCAUCCGUAUGUCUGCCACCAGCCAGCCGGCUCUUUUGGGGAAAUUCCAGGUGCACGAUUUAGUUUGGCAUUAAUUUCCUGCUGAUUAUAUAUUUUUUCCUUUUUUCUUGCUGCUCCAGUAAGUUGUCCUCUUAAAGUAGGUAGAUGACAGGAGUGCUUCUAUAUUCCACAGUCCUCUGAUUGCAGUCAAAAUCAUCGCCACAAGGUCACUCUGCGACAACUUAAGAGCGCUGCACUGUGCCGUACGUUCUAUCCCUGUUCUCUCCAUGUGCACGAGAGCCUGAAGGGUUGUGUGUUAUUAGGGAAUACCAAAUCAGAUUGAGCUCCUGGAAUCUCAUCUCCGACUCACUCAACAUAACGAAUGACCCUGUGUUGUAUAAAAAGGAGGGUCAUUAAAAUGCAGCGCUGCCUCUCGCCAACACAAUUGUGUUUAUGCGGCAGGCAGCCUCCAUAAGUCAAAAGAAGCCGAUGAACCAGUUAUAUAAAAGAACAAUGCCUUCUGAAAUGUCAAGUACCUUGCUGGGUCCUGACAACCUCUGGAAUCAUAAUUGCUGUAAGAGAGAGAUGGAGAGCGAGAGUUUGGUUUUGAUAUUCUUCCCCUCCCCCAGGUGCUGCACUACUUGGCGGUACAGAAGCCAGCAGACCUGUCCCGCCAUCUCCUGCCCUGCAUCCUCCACGCUGCCAUCCUCAAGGAGAAGGAGGAGGGUUAGUGGCAGCUGCUGAAAACUCUCUCUCUCUCUCUCUCUCUCUCUCUCUCUCUCUCUUCUCUCUCUCUCUCUCUCUCUCUCUCUCUCUCUCUCUCUCUCUCUCAUCUCACCAACUUCCUCUCUUCUCUCUCAUACAGAGUCAGUAGAGGACAUCCUAUCUGCUAGAAAGGCCAUCCAGCAGGCCACCUCUCAUGCCAGCAAGGUGCUGCGCCACCCAAGCCCAGACUACAAGAAACUGGAGGUGACUGGAAACAACUUUUUUUUCAUUUAGCCUUUAUUUAACUAGGAUAAAUCCUGUUUUUCAAGGGAGACCUGGCAAGAUUGACGAUCUCUCCCCACCAGUCUCUAACCCCUAACCUCUACCUCUAACCCAUUGGUUGGACUGCAAGGUAGCCACAGUAUAGUUUUUUCUACCCCCGACUCAUCCACCCUAGUGCUCAGUGUCUUUGUCUGUCUCCUCCAACAGGACGUGAUUACCCAGCUCAUAGCGGUGGAGACGGUCAUUGCCCGCUCCCGCUCUCUGAAGUCCAAGUUUGGCAUCGGGAAGGCAGAGCAGAGUGACGACGCAGAGGAUCUGGAGAGGUACAUCAGGACAAAGCAGCACGCCCUGAAAUAAUAAUAAUAAUAAUAAUAAUAAUAAUAAUAUAUGCCAUUUAGCAGACACUUUUAUCCAAAGCCACUUAGGCAUGCAUACAUUCCUGGCAUUGCAAGCACCCUGCGCUACCAGAGCUAAUUUCAUGUUAACCAGUAGGGCCAGAUAGAUCUGCAGAGAUACAAAAAUACCUAUGGAGUUAAAUGAAAUCAAUCCAACUGCUUCAAACCUAUCUAUUUCUAUGCAGCUUAGCCCUAUUGAGAUAAAAUCUAUUUUGCGAGUGAGACCAAUCGAAAACAUGAAUAGCUUAAGUGUUAUCGAUUAUGUUUUCAGACAGUGCUCUUAAGGUAUUGAUAAGAUAACUUCCCUGGAGAUUCUCUCCAGCCCUACUCCUGAUAGAACCAGCAGGCACAUUUUAACCAACCCUCCAUGCCACUACUCCUCCUUCCCUUCUGUUGUUCUUUUGUCCUCUCAAAUCAAAUGUUAUUCAUCACCUGCUUCGUAAACAACAAUGCAGAGAGAAAGAAAAUAGAAAAGUAAUAACACGAGGUACAGUAAUUGAGGUAGAUAUGUACAUAUACAGUGCAUUCGGAAAGUAUUCAGACCGCUUGCUUCCCUUUUUCCACAUUUUGUUACGUUACAGCCUUAUUCUAAAAUGGGUUAAAUAUACAAUGCCAGUCAAAAGUUUGGACACACCCACUCAUUCAAGGUUUUUUCUUUAUUUUUUACUAUUUUCUACAUUGUAGAAUAAUAGUGAAGACAUCAAAACUAUGAAAUAACACAUAUGGAAUAAUGUAGUAACCAAAAAAGUGUUAAACAAAUCAAAAUAUAUUUGAGAUUCUUCAAAUAGCCACCCUUUGCCUUGAUGACAGCUUUGCACACUCUUGGCAUUCUCUCAACCAGCUUCACCUGGAAUGCUUUUCCAACAGUCUUGAAGGAGUUCCCACAUAUGCUGAGCACUUGUUAGCUGCUUUUCCUUCACUCUGCCGUCCGACUCAUCCCAAACCAUCUCAAUUGGGUUGAGGUCGGGGGAUUGUGGAGGCCAGGUCAACUGAUGCAGCACUCCAUUACUCUCCUUCUUGGUAUAAUAGCCCUUACACAGCCUGGAGGUGUGUUGGGUCAUUUCCGUGUUGAAAAACAAAUGUUAGUCCCACUAAGCCCAAACCAGAUGAGAUGGCCUAUCGCUGCAGAAUGCUGUGGUAGCCAUGCUGGUUAAGUGUGCCUUUAAUUCUAAAGAAAUCACAGACAGUGUCACCAGCAAUGCACCCCCACACCAUAACACCUCCUCCUCCAUGCUUUACGGUGGGAACUACACAUGCGGAGAUCAUCCAUUCACCCACACCGCGUCUCACAAAGACACGGCGGUUGGAUCCCAAAAUCUCCAAUUUGGACUCCAGACCAAAGGACACAUUUCCACCGGUCUAAUGUCCAUUGCUCGUGUUUCUUGGCCCAAGCAGGUCUCUUCUUAUUAUUGGUGUCCUUUAGUAGUGGUUUCUUUGCAGCAAUUCGACCAUGAAGGCCUGAUUCACACAGUCCCCUCUGAACAGUUGAUGUUGAGAUGUGUCUGUGACUUGAACUAUGUGAAGCGUUUAUUUGGGCUGCAAUGUCUGAGGCUGGUAACUCUAAUGAACUUAUCCUCUGCAGCAGAGGUAACUCUGGGUCUUCCAUUCCUGUGGCGGUCCUCAUAAGUGCCAGUUUCAGCAUAGCACUUGAUGGUUUUUGCGACUGCACUUGAAGAAACUUUCAAAGGUCUUGAAAUGUUCCGUAUUGACUGACCUUCAUGUCUUAAAGUAAUGAUGGACUGUUGUUUCUCUUUGCUUAUUUGAGCUGUUCUUGCCAUAAUAUGGACUUGGUCUUUUACCAAAUAGAUGUAUCUUCUGUAUACCCCCCCCCCAUUCCAGGUGACAACCUCAUGAAGCUGGUUGAGAGAAUGCCAAGAGUGUGCAAAGCUGUCAUCAAGGCAACUGGUGGCUAUUUGAAGAAUCUCAAAUAUACAAAAUAUUUUGAUUUGUUUAACACUUUUUUGGUUACUACCUGAUUCAAUAUGUGUUAUUUCAUAGUUUUGAUCUCUUCACUAUUAUUCUACAAUGUAGAAAAUUGUACAAAUAAAGAAAAAUCCUUGAAUGAGUAGGUGUGUCCAAACUUUUGACUGGUAGUGUAUAUCUUUUUUUUAGCAAUCUACACACAAUACUCCAUAAUGACAAAGCGAAAACAGGUUUUUAGAUUUUUUUGCAAAUUUAAUAAAACAUUCAAAACAGAAAUACCACAUUUUGAUACGUUACCGCUGUAUUCUCAAAUGGAAUAAAUCGUUUUUUCCCCUCAUCAAUCUACACACAAUAUUACAUUUAUGUAAGUAUUCAGACCCUUUACUCAGUACUUUGUUGAAGCACCUUUGGCAGCAUUUUUUACAUUUACAUUUUAGUCAUUUAGCAGACGCUCUUAUCCAGAGCGACAGGCAGCGAUUACAGCCUUGAGUCUUCUUGGGUAUGACGCUAGAAGCUUGGCACACCUGUAUUUGGGGAGUUUCUCCCAUUCUUCUCUGCAGAUCCUUUCAAGCGCUGUCAGUUUGGAUGGGGAGCGUCGCUGCACAGCUAUUUUCAGGUCUCUCCAGAGAUGUUCGUUUCUUAGUUCAAGUCCGGAAUCUGGCUGGGCCACUCAAGGACAUUCAGAGACUUGUCCUGAAGCCACUCCUGCAUUGUCUUGGCUAUGUGUUUAGGGUCAUUGUCCUGUUGGAAGGUGAACCUUCACUCAGUCUGAGGUCCUGAGCGUGUUUUCAUCAAGGAUCUCUCUGUACUUUGCUCCGUUCAUCUUUCCCUCGAUCCUGACUAGUCUUCCAGUCCCUGCAGCUGAAAAACAUCCCCACAGCAUGAUGCUGCCACCACCAUGCUUCACCAUAGGGAUGGUGCCAGGUUUCCUCCAGACGUGACGCUUGGCAUUCUGGCCAAAGAGUUCAAUCUUGGUUGCAUCAGACCAGAGAAACUUGUUUCUCAUGGUCUGAGAGUCCUUUAGGUGCCUUUUUGGCAAACUCCAAGCGGGCUGUCAUGUGCCAUUUUACAUUUACAUUUUAGUCAUUUAGCAGACGCUCUUAUCCAGAGCGACUUACAGUUAGUGAGUGCAUACAUUUUCACACUGGCCCCCUGUGGGAAACGAACCCACAACCCUGGCAUUGCAAGCGCCAUUCUCUACCAACUGAGCUACAUGGGACUGAGGAGUGGCUUCCUUCUGGCCACUCUACCAUAAAGGCCUGAUUGGUGGAGUGCUGCAGAGAUGGUUGUCCUUCUGGAAGGUUCUCCCAUCUCCACAGAGGAACUCUAGAGCUCUGUCAGAGUGACCAUCAGGUUGUUGGUCACCUCCCUGACCAAGGCCCUUCUCCUCCGAUUUCUCAGUUUGGCCGGGCGGUUGUUCCAAACUUCUUCCAUUUAAGAAUGAUGGAGACCACUGUGUUCUUGGGGACCUUCAAUGCUGCAGAAAUAUUUUGGUACCCUUCCUCAGAUCUGUGCCUCGACACAAUCCUGUCUCGAAGCUCUACGGACAAUUCCUUCGACCUCAUGGCUUGGUUUUUGACCUGACAUGCACUGUCAACUGUGGGACCUUAUAUAUAUAUAUAUAUAUAUAUAUAUAUAUAUAUAUAUAUAUAUAUAUAUAUAUAUAUAUAUAUAUAUAUAUAUAUAUAUAUAUAUACAGGUGUGUGCCUUUCCAAAUCAUGUCCAAUCAAUUUAAUUUACCACAGGUAGACACUAAUCAAGUUGUAGAAACAUCUCAAGGAUGAUCAAUGGAAACAGGAUGCACCUGAGCUCAAUUUCGAGUCUCAUAGCAAAGGGUCUGAAUACUUAUGUAAAUAAGGUAUUUCUGUUUUUUGUUUUUAAUACAUUUGCAAAAAAGUCUAAAAACCUGUUUUCACUUUGUCAUUAUGGGGUAUUGUGUGUAGAUUGCUGAGGAUAAAAAAUACAAAAAUGUUUUAGAAUAAUAAUGUCAAAGUCAAGGGGUCUGAAUACUUUCCAAAGACACUGUAGCCUUUAUAUACAGUGGGGAGAACAAGUAUUUGAUACACUGCCAAUUUUACAGGGUUUCCUACUUACAAAGCAUGUAGAGGUCUGUCAUUUUUAUCAUAGGUACACUUCAACUGUGAGAGACGGAAUCAAAAAAAAAAAUCCAGAAAAUCACAUUGUAUGAUUUUUUAAAGUAAUUAAUUUGCAUUUUAUUGCAUGACAUAAUUAUUUGAUACAUCAGAAAAGCAGAACUUAAUAUUAACCAGAAACCUUUGUUUGCAAUUACAGAGAUCAUACGUUUCCUGUACGUCUUGACCAGGUUUGCACACACUGCAGCAGGGAUUUUGGCCCACUCCUCCAUACAGAUCUUCUCCAGAUCCUUCAGGUUUCGGGGCUGUCGCUGGGCAAUACGGACUUUCAGCUCCCUCCAAAGAUUUUCUAUUGGGUUCAGGUCUGGAGACUGGCUAGGCCACUCCAGGACCUUGAGAUGCUUCUUACGGAGCCACUCCUUAGUUGCCCUGGCUGUGUGUUUCGGGUCGUUGUCAUGCUGGAAGACCCAGCCACGACCCAUCUUCAAUGCUCUUACUGAGGGAAGGAGGUUGUUGGCCAAGAUCUCGCGAUACAUGGCCCCAUCCAUCCUCCCCUCAAUACGGUGCAGUCGUCCUGUCCCCUUUGCAGAAAAGCAUCCCCAAAGAAUGAUGUUUCCACCUCCAUGCUUCACGGUUGGGAUGGUGUUCUUGGGGUUGUACUCAUCCUUCUUCUUCCUCCAAACACGGCGAGUGGAGUUUAGACCAAAAAGCUAAAUUUUUGUCUCAUCAGACCACAUUACCUUUUCCCAUUCCUCCUCUGGAUCAUCCAGAUGGUCAUUGGCAAACUUCAGACGGGCCUUGACAUGCGCUGGCUUGAGCAGGGGGACCUUGCGUGCGCUGCAGGAUUUUAAUCCAUGACGGCGUAGUGUGUUACUAAUGGUUUUCUUUGAGACUGUGGUCCCAGCUCUCUUCAGGUCAUUGACCAGGUCCUGCUGUGUAGUUCUGGGCUGAUCCCUCACUUUCCUCACGAUCAUUGAUGCCCCACGAGGUGAGAUCUUGCAUGGAGCCCCAGACCGAGGGUGAUUGACCGUCAUCUUGAACUUCUUCCAUUUUCUAAUAAUUGCGCCAACAGUUGUUGCCUUCUCACCAAGCUGCUUGCCUAUUGUCCUGUAGCCCAUCCCAGCCUUGUGCAGGUCUACAAUUUUAUCCCUGAUGUCCUUACACAGCUCUCUGGUCUUGGCCAUUGUGGAGAGGUUGGAGUCUGUUUGAUUGAGUGUGUGGACAGGUGUCUUUUAUACAGGUAACGAGUUCAAACAGGUGCAGUUAAUACAGGUAAUGAGUGGAGAACAGGAGGGCUUCUUAAAGAAAAACUAACAGGUCUGUGAGAGCCGGAAUUCUUAAUGGUUGGUAGGAGAUCAAAUACUUAUGUCAUGCAAUAAAAUGCAAAUUAAUUACUUAAAAAUCAUACAAUGUGAUUUUCUAGAUUCCGUCUCUCACAGUUGAAGUGUACAUAUGAUAAAAAUUACAGACCUCUACAUGCUUUGUAAGUAGGAAAACCUGCAAAAUCGGCAGUGUAUCAAAUACUUGUUCUCCCCACUGUAUAUAGCCUAGGCUAUUUUCCUAUUGUCCCAAUCCCACUGAAAUCCAAAAUCCAGACACCUGUCUCGCAUGAAAAUUCCUAACCUUAUUCUGUAAUCCAUAGGUUACAUUAUCAAGGCAUUUCUCGCCUAUGCAUGUCAAAAUACCGCUAUAACAUUUCCCCCGCUUCUCUGCGCUGUCUCGUAUUGCUGCCAAUAUGAAGGCUUCGAUAGAGAAUGUGUGAUCAACAAACUGUAUGAGAGUAGAUAUGGAUACCUUGAUAUUUAAACAAUUUCCUCUCUUAAUCUCUCUGUUAUUCAUGAGCUGAUCUGCUAUCUGUAUAAUAAUCAACUUGAUUUUGCCAAAUAGGAGAUAUUCUGUCAUUCGUUGGAGGGUAUCUAGCAAGCUUUCAACUUUGGUCAUUUGACUUUUGUUUGACUGCCAUUACAAUGUUUAUAUGAUUCGACAACGCUAUAGCCUACUCGGGGUGCGCUCUGUGCAUCCUGAGCGCCGUCUGUGUCAAGACACUGUAGCCUAGGCCUACUGCUGAAAUGCGCUGAAUUAAUUGAGGAAGAUGAUAACGCUCUGAAUUUAUGUACGGCCUGUUUCGCAAUUCACAACAAUUUAAUUGCCGAUCAAAUUACUAAAUAUCAGUUUCACUUGCUGUGAAAUCUUUACAUAGUGGCGCUGACAAGGUGGCGCAUUUGCGGAGAACCCUGGCAUAGUGACCAAAUCUUGGUUUUAAACGCUUUAAAUGGGCAUUUCUGAUUUUUGCGGUAUUUCCCGGGACUCUCUGGAUAAAUAUGAAUUAUUCCCAGUAUUGAAACUCGGUAGAUUUCCGAGAAAAUAUUAAUCCCCAUUCCCUACCCUCACCACCUGGGGGGCGGCCCGUCUGGAUGUCCAGGAUCCAGUUGCAGAGGGAGGUGUUCAGUCCCAGGGUCCUUAGCUUAGUGAUGAGCUUGGAGGGCACUAUAGUGUUAAAUGAUGAGCUGUCGUCGAUGAACAGCAUUCUCACAUAGGUGUUCCUCUUGUCCAGGUGGGAGAGGGCAGUGUGGAGUGCAGUAGAGAUUGUGUCAUCUGUGGCUCUGUUGGGGCGGUAUGUGAAUUGGAGUGGGUACCUCUUGUGUACCUUCCAUCCCACCCUUCUCGCUUUAUUAAUAUCACAAGCCUGCUCUUAUUUCAUCAUACACCCUGCUCGGGGAGGCAUGAGUAGGAAUGCUAAUAAAUGUUGGGCAAACACACACACGUACUGUGUUGUGUGCUAUAUUAAAACUCCACCACCUCCAUCCUCUCCCCAGGCAUACUCUCUGCUCAGAUUGUAAUAAGGGCGCAUAGUAUAGUGGGUGUGUUUGUGCACGUGUGCCUUUCUUGGGAGUGAAUAAGUGAGUGUGUGUCUGUGUCUGGAGUAUGUAGGUCCAUCUGUGUGUGUGUGUGUGUGUGUGUGUGUGUAUCUGUACAGGUGUUUGUGUAUGGUGUCGGAGGGUCAGGUGCAUUGAGGGAUAGACAUGGAUACAGACAGACGGGGGUUAUAUUAGGGAGGCCCCCAGUGUUCAUAUGUCCCAGGGGCCUCUGAUUGCCCAGCCAGUCAGGCAGUAGAGCCAGGCAGAGUCAGACUCAUUAAGAGGACACCCAGAGCUGGCCUGGAACACCAUGCAGCCACUAGCCUGUCCUUUUUCUCUCUAACAAUGAACGGCCUGUCCUGUCUUGUAUCCGAUAUGCUGUGUCAGGGGAGAGGGAUGUGUUUCCAAAAGGCUGUAGUUUUCACAUUUUGUGUACUGUACUGUGCAGCUAGUUUUACAACCCCUUCUCAUUAUUCCGUUGGUAAAUGUAUAAUUGCAUGUCUUAAAUAUAAUGUUAUCUGUAUUUACCUGCGUGUGUUUUCUGACUAUGCUCCCCUGAUAUGAACCUCUUCCCCAAUCUCUUCUUCGGCUCCCUCUCCACUCCUCUUCUCUCUCGCUCUCAGGUUUGUGAACUCUCUGCUAGAGGAGCCUGAGGUGUAUGUGAUCGGAGCAGGACGCGGCCCAGCCGGCAGCAUCAUCCACAAGUUGUUUGUCAGCGCUCAGAGGGUAAAGCACACCGUCUCACAAUGUCACCACCACCCAGGACACACACACACACUCAUACAAACAUACACACCGUCUCCCACGGGGGGCCUUUCCUAAACGCUGGCAUCACAGGAUAUCCCGCCACCACUAUCAGCUCACCUGCUGUCUUUCCAACGGCCCAGGCAGGAGAUGUUAUGUUCCCGCUGACUGAUCCCCACCCUUCUUCCAGGCCCUGAGGGGCUCCUGGGCAUGCUGCCUGAGUAACAAAAAGCAUGCUGCUGCUGGACUGUGUUCUAAUAUGUUCACUUAUCACUACUUUCUUCUUGCUGCUAACUUCUAAAAGUAAAAGGGUUUUAGUCAAGUCUCUCUUUUUGCAUAUCACAUAAUGCAAAAUGUCUGUCAAAAAAUGUCUUUGUGCAGUCUGACAGACAAAGAUCCAGACUCUGUAGUUCUCUCUGUUAUGAUAAGCGGAAGCACAAUGAAACAGAUGUCUUGUUUUAUUCAGUCUGAUAUGAUAUGACAGGGAAGGAGAGAGACACCUGGACCAAAUGACUGUCUUCUGUGCUGCAUGUCACUUCUGACUAUACUGCGACUGAAUAGUCUGAGAUGAUCAGUUAAAAGGCACUUGCAAUGAUAGAUUACCCCUUGCAUUGUGCUGUACAGUUGCACCUGUAUUGGUUAUGAAAGUAAGUGUAUGCUUGGCUGUAACACAUUGAAAUACAAUGCCUGGUUUGGUCUUGGCACAUCCAACAACGCAUACAUUUGUUUGUUCAACGUGUAAGUUAAUGAAAGCCAAUAAAUGUGUCUUCUUCCGGAGACUAGAGCUGAGAGUUUAUCAACAGAUUUAGUCCCUGGCCCCAGACCCAGAUCUGUUCCUUAGAAUAAUUGCUAGCAAAAUGCAAACAGGGAAUGAAUGCUUGUAUUGGCUAUCUUCCCUGUGCCUUGUGUUGGAGGAAGAAACAGUGUGAAAAAUAGUUAGAUUUAAGCAAACUCUCACUCCCUCCUUCAAGCACUUUUUUUUUUUUUUAUCCGGCAAGAUGUCUGAGUGUUAAAUUAUAGCCUGUGUUUUGCCAAGCUCUCAAUAGAAAGCUAGUAAUUAUCCCAAGCACAUGUAAAUCAGAUGAAAUCAUCAGCCAAUCAAAUGAGGUGAGUUUCUUGAGAAAGAGGGAAAGAGAGACAGAGAAGAAUAGAAGGGAGGAGAGAUGUCCUGCCCCUCAUCUGUUGAAUGAUCUGACCCUUGUUACCAGUACAAGACUAGAGUACUAGUUUGAUUGUUGUCUGAUUGCUAUGCCGCUUGCUCUAGCUUGAGUGUGAUGCAUUCGGUGGAAUGAAUGUCAUGUCUCCUCAAGCAGAACCUAAUCCUCUUUUUAAUCGCCUGACUGUUGUUUUGUUGUUUGUUCUUCUGUUUGUUUGUUCUCUCCAUCGUAUUGUGUUUUUUUUCUUUUUGUCUCCUAACGCUGCUUGCCUGUCACCCAUGUCAAGCUCGCUGACUACAGCAGUGAUGAGGUAACCACUAGCAACACUCCCUAUCCCCCCUUUACACCCCUAGUUCAUCCCUCCACCCCAGCUGCCUCCACCCCCAGUCCAUCCAUCCAACCACCCCCUCCACGUUGUCUUCUCCCUCUUUCUACCUGCCAAGCAGUGCUGCCACUGAGGUUCAGGCUAGCUGAGGCAGCCAGGGAGGGAUACAGACAAAGAUUACAGUCAUUUCUCUGGUAAUGGUUUGGAAGAGUGAACCGCUGCAAUUUCCAGACCUCCAUAACCCAAAGGAGAAGAUGCCACUUACCGUGUUUUUAACCUCCCCCAGACCUUUUUACCAACCACCUUCCCCCUCUUCUUCUCCUCCUCCACCCAUCCAUCUAUUCUUCUAACCACCUACCUGUUAGUCUAGCGCUAAUCAUUUUUUUUUUGUUGUUUGUCCAUUUGCUCUCAUUCUCUGACGAUGGGUCUGCGUUGAUAAACAAGUGUUUUCUGGUGGAUGUGGAGGUUGGUUUAUGAUAGACUAGUUUUAGCCUGCUGGUUUAGUAUGUAUACUAAGGAGUGGUAGGUCUGUAUACACUGAGUGCACUAAACAUUAGGAGCACCUGCUCUUUCCAUGACAGACUGACCAGGGGAAUCCAGCUCAAAGCUAUGAUGUCACUUGUUAAAUCCACUUCAAUCAGUGUAGAUGAAGGGGAGGAGACAGGUUAAAGAAGGAUUUUUAAGCCUAGAGACAAUUGAGACAUGGAUUGUGUAUGUGUGCCAUUCAGAGGGUGAAUGGGCAAGACAGAAUAUUUAAGUGCCUUUGAACGGGGUAUGAUAGUAGUUGCCAGGCACACCGGUUUGUGUCAAGAAUUGCAAAGCUGCUGGGUUUUUCACGUUCAACAGUUUCCCGUGUGUGUAUCAAGAAUCCUAAUUAUUCUUCAGAUAUGCUACAUAUUCUAUCCACAUAAUGUCCAUAAUGUCUAUACAUCCCAUCACAUACAUACACUACCGUUCAAAAGUUUGGGGUCACUUAGAAAUGUCCUUGUUUUCCAUGAAAACAUGCAUGAAAUGAGUUUGAAUAGGAAAUAUAGCAAAAUGAAUAGGAAAUGUAGUCAUUGACAAGGUUAGAAAUAAUGAUUUUUAAUUGAAAUAAUAAUUGUGUCCUUCAAACUUUGCUUUCGUCAAAGAAUCCUCCAUUUGCAGCAAUUACAGCCUUGCAGAUUUUUGGCAUUCUAGUUAUCAAUUUGUUGAGGUAAUCUGAAGAGAUUUCACCCAAUACUUCCUGAAGCACCUCCCACAAGUUGGAUUGGCUUGAUGGGCACUUCUUAAGUACCAUACAGUCAAGCUGCUCCCACAACAGCUCAAUAGGGUUGAGAUCCGGUGACUGUGCUGGCCACUCCAUUAUAGACAGAAUACCAGCUGACUGCUUCUUCCCUAAAUAGUUCUUGCAUAGUUUGGAGCUGUGCUUUGGGUCAUUGUCCUUUUGUAGGAGGAAAUUGGCUCCAAUCAAGCGCCGUCCACAGGGUAUGGCAUGGCGUUGCAAAAUGGAGUGAUAGCCUUCCUUCUUCAAGAUCCCUUUUACCCUGUACAAAUCUCCCACUUUACCACCACCAAAGCACCCUCUUCUCAUCCGACUCCUCCAUCACAUUGCCUCCACAAUGCUUGACAGAUGGCAUCAAGCACUCCUCCAGCAUCUUUUCAUUUGGUCUGCGUCUCACAAAUGUUCUUCUUUGUGAUCCGAACACCUCAAACUUCGAUUCGUCUGUCCAUCUGUUCACUGUUGACGUUGAGACUGGUGUUUUGCGGGUACUAUUUAAUGAAGCUGCCAGUUGAGGACCUGUGAGGCGUCUGUUUCUCAAACUAGACACUAAUGUAUUUGUCCUCUUGCUCAGUUGUGCACCGGGGCCUCCCACUCCUCUUUCUAUUCUGGUUAGAGCCAGUUUGUGCUGUUCUGUGAAGGGAGUAAUACACAGCGUUGUACGAGAUCUUCAGUGUCUUGGCAAUUUCUCACAUGGAAUAGCCUUCAUUUCUCAGAACAAGAAUAGACUGACGAGUUUCAGAAGAAAGUUCUUUGUUCUUUUAAGCCUGUAAUCGAACCCACAAUUGCUGAUGCUCCAGAUACUCAACUAGUCUCGAAAGCCAGUUUUUUUAUUGCUUCUUUAAUCAGCACAACAGUUUUCAGCUGUGCUAACAUAAUUGCAAAAGGGUUUUCUAAUGAUCAAUUAGCCUUUUUAAAAGGAUAAACUUGGAUUAGCAAACACAACGUGCCAUUGGAACACAGGACUGAUGGUUGCUGAUAAUGGGCCUCUGUACGCCAAUGUAGAUAUUCCAUAAAAAAUCUGCCGUUUCCAGCUACAGUAGCCAAUUACAACAUUAACAAUGUCUACACUGUAUUUCUGAUCAAUUUGAUGUUAUUUUAAUGGACAAAAAAAAUGAUUUUCUUUCGAAAACAAUGACAUUUUUAAGUGACCCCAAACUUUUGAAUGGUAGUGUAUAUAAUUAUACUCCGGACUCCGACAUUGCUCGUCCUAAUAUUUAUAUAUUUCUUAAUUCCAUUAUUUUACUUUUAGAUUUGUGUGUAUUGUUAGAUAUUACUGCGCUGUUGGAGCUAGGAACACAAGUACUUCGCUACACCCACAAUAACAUCUACUAAAUAUGUUUGAUUGGAUUUGAUUUUGAAUGGUCCACCACCCAAAGGACAUCCAGCCAACUUGCCACAACUGGGGGAAGCAUUGGAGUCAACAUGGGCCAGCAUCUCUGUGGAACGCUUUCGACACCUUGUAGUCCAUGCCCCAACGAAUUGAGGCUGUUCCGAGGGCAAAAUGGGGUGCAACUCAAUAAUUUCCUAAUGUUUUGUACACUCAAUGUAUACAUUACAGUAGGUUAGUGGUAUCCUGCUGUUUAGUAUGUACACUCAGGAGUGGUAGGUUGCUGUGUUCUGGCUGGUUUGGUAAAUACUAGUUUUAGCCUACUGGUUUACUAUGUAAGUAUUGGUAGGUUGCUGUGGUGUGUUUGAUCCCUUUUGGCUUUAGAUCUUAGCGUCGCGUAGCUUUCUUGUGUUGCCAUCCCUCCAGGGCUCUGCUGUGCCCCACCGAAAACAAAUGCAUACAUUGAUCUGGAAGCACACACCAAAUCGCUCCAAUCCACUAAAUGCGUCUCCUUUCCUCGCCUUACACAAUGUUUUGGGAGAUGUGGGAAGGCAUUUGUUAAUUUGUAAUCAGCUUUCUAAUUUAUGUAAUUUGUUCCUGCUCAGUAAGAAUAGAUUGUGUUAAUAUGCUGCUGUCGUUUUCCAUUCCUGCCGCUUUCACUUGCGCCAGGUCUGAUCACUGUCAAGGUUGUUUAAUUCCCCCACGAUUUAGAAUAUGGAGCGAUAGAAUGAGUUGUAUGUUUUUCUCAGUCUCAGGUGUCAUACUCUCUUAUACUCACAUUGUAAAAGUGUUGUAUGUGUUAAGGUCAUGCUUAGACUGCCCAAAAAUAUAUUGUGGUCCAGUUUCCACAUUUUAUUGGGCUUUUAUAGAAAGUGUACUGUGUGUUGGGCUCAGCGUUCUCCAUUUUGUGCCAACAUGAAUGUUAGCCACUCUCCAUUUUGUGCCAAACUGAAUGUUAGCCACUUUGGCUGCAUUUAGACAGGCAGCCUAAUUCUGGUAUUUUUUCCACUAAUUGGUCUUUUGACCAAUCACAUCAGAUCUUUCCACAUCAGAUAAUUUUCAGAGCUGAUCUGAUAGGUCAAAAGACCAAUUAGUGAAAAAAAGAUCAGAAUUGGGCUGUCUGUCUAAACGCAGCCGUUGACUCCUCCCAUCUAUUUGCCUCGCCCCCCAUAGGCUGCCCUAUUGGCUCCAUUGGAUGAAGACACGGGACGUGGGGGUGGAGCUGAUGACAAAAAGCCAAUGGGAGGUGCCAGUGUGCCAGACUUCCCUCCCCCUGCAGGGCGUGAGAUCCUGCUACGUACGUGUGUCCCGCGGCCCGCGCCCUACUCCAAGGCCCUCCCCCAACGUCUCUUCUGUGUCCUGAUGAGAGAAGACUUCAGGCUGGCUGGGGCCUUCUCAUCCGACUCCUCCUUCUUCUGA